GGGGGUGGGGGCAGGUCACGUAUAAUGUUUGCUAAAAUAUGUAGGUCAGUGGAACAUUUCCUGCACUUGUGCAAAAACAAGAGGAGGGACCGCUUUUUCUCCCCCCCCCCAGCUUUCUCUCUCUCUCUCUCUCUUUCCCUACCCCCCCUCCAAAAAUCUAAGCCCACCCACUUUUUCCGAAAGUGGGGGAGGAAGGCUGGGUGCGAGGACGGGAGGCGGCGAUCCGAGAGUCCCAUUCCACCUCGCUGACCCAUUUCGCAGCUUGGCUCGGAGCUGCUGCUGCUCACCGGCGACUCCCGCUCUCCUUUUGCUAAAGAGCCUGGUUUAUUUCUCUCUCUCCAACAGCAGCAGCAGGGACCUCCCCUGCUCCCCGCCCUACUAAAUCGGGAAGCACACGCUUCCUACUCUCACUGGAGACGCCGGCGAGGGAGCGCGAGCAGGGCUCCCCUGAUGGUCUGAGGGGCGCCGGAAGCCGCCGAGCGGCCCCCCAGCGACUCGCUCCCCCUCUCGGCUGAGAGCGGGCGCGGAUGAGGCGCUGCUGGGGAGGAUGCCCCGCUCUUGCCCCCGGGGCAGCAACUUCCCGCCUAGGGAGCCCUUGCUGGAGCCGGCGCGCUCGCAACUUCAUGCCCCGAGAGAAGCCCGCGCUAGCAGCAGCUACCCAGGCGCCCUCAGUCUGCGUCUCCCUCCUCUGGAGGCUCCCGGCCGCUUUCGCGCCUUUGCCGAGCCGCUUUUCCCGCCCGUCUCGAGGCUGGGCCGGCGCUGAGGGGGAAGCGGGAGCCCGGCAUGCGGAGUCUCCCCUCACACCAUGAGAUACAGCCGGCGGAGGUGCCACAACAGCAGAGACACCGCCGCUAGCAGCAGCAGCAGCCCCGGUCGAGAAGCGGAGCCGCAGCCGCCUUCUCCCGCCGCUUUGGCGUGCGCCACCGAGACUUGGUCCGGAGACCUCUGGCACGAGUGGAAGAGCAGCAGCGGCGACGGCCCCGGGGAAAGUGGCCGCCGUAGCAAGCUCUGCAGCGGCGCACAGGUCGCCACCGCGGACAGCAGCAGCUGCAGCAGCAGCAGCAGCAUCUGGCGCGUGCUGGCGGCGCGCGCCCACCUCUCCCAGUACAGGCACUUCAGGUAAGCCCAAGCAGGUGGCGCCUGACACAGUGACACAGAUAAACAGCAAGAGCAGCGGGUCACUCCGGCCGCCUCUUCGCGCGGCGAGCGUUGGGGGGCGCCCUCGCUUUCUUUGAGGGGGGGCGCGCGCGCGCACAGGUGGCGGCAGCUCAAGUUAGGUGCAAGGUUGAGGGAGGAGCUGGCCUGGCAACUUGGCUCCUCCGCCGCGCGCCGAAAUCGAGGGUCGUGCAUGAGAAAGACACACAUACAGAGAACAGCACCUUAAAGCUGAUAAAGAUGCUUCGCCAAGUCAAUGGUACAGGCAAAUUGAUGAUGAUAAUUCUUGAGGGGUGCUGAGUCAGGCUAAUUUUCACCAGAGGCUGUGAAUUUGGUUGUGGUUUUUUCCUGGCAGCUGCAGUUCAGAUGUAAUUCCCACGUUGGCCAGAACACACUUUGUAUUAAAUACAACUCUUUUUUUAAUAAAAAUAAAAAUACCGUAAAUCGUAUGAAUAGCAUUCAAAUGGGUACACUGCGCUAGAUGAUCCUCAUGGUCCCUCCCAAUUCUACAGAUCUAUGUUCCACAAACAACGCAGUGAGGCUGAGAGGUGAUUUUAAAAUGCAGUUGUGAAAAUGGCCUGAGGCUGUGAGGGUUAAUUUUGUGUGUGAUGGUCUUUUAAAAAUAACACCUCAGUGUAAGUUUUAAAGAAAGAUCAUCAUAAUACAUACAUACAGUGGUACCUCGGGUUACAUAUGCUUCAGGUUACAUACGUUUCAGCUUACAGACUCCGCUAACCCAGAAAUAUUACCUCAGGUUAAGAACUUUGCUUCAGGAUGAGAACAGAAAUCGUGCUCCGGCGGCACAGCAGCAGCAGGAGGCCCCAUUAGCUAAAGUGGUGCUUUAGGUUAAGAACAGUUUCAGGUUAAGAACAGACCUCCGGAACGAAUUAAGUACGUAACCAGAGGUACCACUGUAUGUAUAUAUCUUUUUGUGUUUCCCAUAUAUUAUCUCGGCAGUCCUAACAGCAGUACUGGAAGGUAGGCCAAUACUGGUGUAUCAUGUUAUCAGUGGAAGCCUGAGACAUGACCACUCAGUGAUGCCACUCAAUAAGUCUGUGGCAGAGAUUACAGUUGAGGGAAAAACUUCUUGGUUCCUAAUUCUUAGCUCUCAUCGUACAUUGACUCCUUGGAAGCUAAAUAGUGCUUGGAUCGUGGGUGGUGCUGUGGUCUAAACCACUGAGCUGCUUGGGCUUGCUGAUCAGAAGGUUAGCGGUUCAAAUCGGGGUGAGCUCCCGUUUCUCUGUCCCAGCUCCUGCCAACCUAGCAGUUCGAAAGCACACCAGUGAGAGUAGAUAAAUAGAUACCGCUGCGUUGGGAAGGUAAACGGCAUUUCUGAGCACUCUGGUUUCCGUCAUGGUGUUCCGUUGCACCAGUAGCAGUUUAGUCAUGCUGGCCACAUGACCCGGAAAGCUGUCUACGUACAAACACCGGCUCCCUUGGCCUGAAAGGGACAUGAGCACCCAAACCCAUAGUCGCCUUUGACUGGACUUAACGGUCCAGGGGUCCUUUACCUUUACCUUACUGCUUGGAUCUAUGACUGGCUCUGGAAAUGGUGUGUUCUAAAUAAAGGCUGUCUGUUUCAUUUUGGCCUAGGCCUGUGUAAUUGUUCUGAAAGAAUAUAUGUUAACAUUGUUUCAGGGGGUUCAUAUUAAGGAAUAAGGAUUAAUCCUUUCCAAAAGCAAAUGGAUCUCUGUUACUAAGAGACAAUCCUGCAUCGCAGCAAUGGAUUUGGCCGAAUUAUGUUAUUGUCCCAUUGUGUUUCUUUGUAUGAUGAUCAGCUCAGGCAUUUUCAGAUAUGUGUGGUAAAACCAUCUCCAACCAUACCUUAUAGAGGACACCUAAAACAUCCAGCUGUUGGGGAUGGGGCUUGAAAUGUGAGUUGCAUUGACUUUGCAUUACAUUUACCAAUGACAGUUUAUUUGAUAUUCUAGAAAUGCAUUUUGGGUGUUGUAGAUACUGAGAAUUCUUUAUUUCCAAAAACAACAUUUCUGAAAGGAUGGUACACAUGCAAUCUCUAGUUACUUGCUUAUACUAUGACAGUAUGCAACGUUGCAUUUUGUUGCAUUUGCCUCUAACAGGGAAGGCUUUUUUUUUUUAAUAAGUACACCUGUCAAUAAAAUGAUUCAGUUUAUCAGUUACUCCGCCAUUAAAGCAAAAACAAAACAAAACCAUCUUCAUGUAUUUUCAGCUUACGGUUGCUAUAGCUUCUGGGCUACUUUGGUUAUGCUGGAAUAGCCAACAGGUGAAGUGCUUACGUUCUCCUCACUUCAGAAGCUUUUAUAUAAAUUGCUGUCAUCAAGCAGAAACUGUGGGUCAGAGACAGAGGCUGUAGUCACAGAGAGGUUAAAUACUCAGGCAGGGCAAGGCUGGGUGGGUGUGAGGCAAUGAUUGUAAAAACGUCUUACAAUAUACUUUACAGUACUGUAAAGUAUGUUAUAUGAUAUUUGUAUAAGAUAAUGCUUAAUAAGUUUUCCUUUAAAAUUCAUGAAUUCAUGCUGAUAUUUAUUAUAUUGUUACAUUGUAGGUAAGUCCACAGAUAUUACUAGUUUUUAUUACAGUGUUAGAUUGUCUUGUCUAUACGUAGCUACAUCCUUAGUGGCCCAAGAAAAACAAACAAAUGUUUCUAAAGGUUCCCAUAUGGAGGUGGGAAAUAGCUGCAGACCAUGAAUAAUUGAAAAUAAAUCCUGUCUGUGUUUGGGAUCACUGUGCCAAAGUUAAAGAAGCAUUACAGUAUUACAGUGGUCUGGAGUUUUCUGUAUGUUUUGUCGAAAAGGGGGAAAAUAUAACAGUUUUUUUGCAGUUUUCAUAUGUGUAACGUGCCUUUGAAAGGUGCACAUAUUUGGGUUUUAAAAGAAAUUCAGUUUGACAGAGCAAUUGCAAAAGUCCUCUGUAACAGCUCGGUCUGAAAAUAUGCAGGAUGCUUAUUAUUUACACUGUGAACAGACGUCAAAUCCUUUUUUGUGAGCUUUAAAGAAAAUCAUGUCCUCCUUCAUAUAAUGUGUGUGGAAGACAAAACGUAGCAUGAACAGUUCUGUCUGCGAUGCCUAAAUCAAUUCAGGCUCUGAAAUUAUUAUUUUUAAACAUUUUGUAACAAGAGGAGUUAGACUCUAGAUGUGUAUUUUGCUGCAUGAAGAGGGAAAUAAUUUAAAUGACUUUUAAAAAGAUAGUUAGAAAUGUCUUCUAUGCGCUAGCUCAUUGUAAAUAGAACAGGUAGGAAAAAAAUUCUGCCUUCAGCACAUAUUCUGUGUAAUAUAACACUUGUUUGUACUCUCACGUUUAUUAAGGGCAGAGUUUACAGAGAGAUCUGUGGUUCUUUGAAGUUCUGUGCCACGCUAGAUAGAAUAAUUAUGCUUUAAAAUGUAUUUUAUACACUGUUAGGCUCUAUACACAUGUAGGCUUCGAAAUGUUCAGGGGUCAUCUUUUGUAAAUAGCAGUUUGCAGUUGUUUAUACCUUCACGCAGUAAGAGGCAACUACUAUCUAUGCAAAGGGUAUUCUCUAUUCCUCUCUCAACAAUUAGUGUUCCCACAGGUCUUCCCCACAAAAAAAUAAAAUAUAAAAAAUUCUCACCAUCUUUAGAAAAAAGAGUCUGAAGCCUAUGUGCUGAGUGAUAUACUGAUGUACUUAUGUAUUGGUAUAUAGAAGUGACAAAGUUACUACUGUACUGCUUCCCAUUUUUAACUAUUUCAUUCAUAAACAAGUUAAGUAUGGCGAAGGAGAGUGGCACAGUGCUGCAACAUGUGUAGAACUACCUCAAUUGGAGGUGAUUGGAGAAAGCGCUCUCUGUGUACGCAGAGCUUGGGCUUGGGCUUAGCUGGCUUAGCUGAAACCAGUUCAGCCAAGACCAGGGUGUUCCAGGGGUCUGGUGGGAUGGGACAGUGGGACACUUGCCACUACUCUGUGUUCAGCUCAGUCACAUAAUCUAGCGGCCCUAUUUUAAAGGCUUGUUUCCCCCCUGCCAGGCUCAGGUCAGCUCAGUUGGCAGUAGCCCUGUUGUUGAACAGAGUUUAGGGAUAGGGCUAGAUUAUGCUGGCAUAAUUUAACCCCAGUGUAACUUGUGCUAGCUUCCUGCAGUUUGAAAUGCUCUGCCAAUCUGUUCCUUUCCUUACAUCUAGUUGCACCUUGGUCAGGGUUGGGAAACCUGCGGUCCUGCAGAAGGUGUUGGACUAUAGAUCCCAUCCAGUGAUCAAGGAUGAUGGGAUAUGUAGUACAACACUCCUGGUCUUGGUGCAGUUUUAUUUUGAUACAUAGUUUUGCAUUGUUUGCUAUGUUGUUUUACCCCCAUAGUUUUUAUUUAUUUAAAAGGAAAUCGAUCUGAAUAGCAUUGUUGUAUUUUUAUUGUUUUUCUGUAUAAGCUACCUAGAGAUUUUUUAAUUAUUAUAUAAAGAAGUACAGUGGUACCUCGGGUUACAUACGCUUCGGGUUACAUAUGCUUCAGGUUACAGACUCCGCUAACCCAGAAAUAGUGCUUCAGGUUAAGAACUUUGCUUCAGGAUGAGAACAGAAAUCGUGCUCCGGCAGCGCGGCAGCAGCAGGAGGCCCCAUUAGCUAAAGUGGUGCUUCAGGUUAAGAACAGUUUCAGGUUAGGUACAGACCUCCGGAACGAAUUGAGUACUUAACCCGAGAUACCACUAUAUAAUGUUUUAUUAAAAUAAAUAAUAAAUAUUGUUUGCUUUUGCUCUUUGCUUGCAGUACACAAUUUGACCAUCACGGUCUAAAUUCAGCAGAGGUUAUGGGCAGAAACAAACUUGGUGAGAGUGCCUUAGAAGAACAUGAUUGCUUGUCUAAUGUUACUGUUUUGGAAGAGCUAAGAGUUUCAAGUUGAGAAUAACGAGCUAGCCAGUGACCUUGAGGUUCCUUGCUGCAUCACACAAUGACCUGGUUUGCACGCCUGCGUUUGGAUUACAUGACACGCCAGAUUCCGGCUUAAUUCCUGGAAUGAGUGGGGAAGGAAUGGAAUAAGGGCUUUCCAAGUAGCAUGCACCAGUAUGAUGCAUGUUCACUUUAAACCACAGAUUGCUUUUUAAGUAUGGCUUAAUGUGGCAUGUGAACAAAGCCGGUUAGAUUUCCUGGCGUUUCCCUAUUUGCUAAAAACAUUAUUUUACUUAAAACUAUGUUGAAGUUAGUUGAAAUUUCCUGCUAAAGAGCUGGGAAUAUUUGGAAUUAUUUACUCAGCCAAGAGAGUUUUGUUUAGUGAGCAGAAACCUGAACAAGAAGGCUAGUUAACAUUUUGUGAGGUAAGUGCAGCAGCUGCAACGUAUGUCGGUUCAUUGUUGUCAUGGUAAUACAUUCAGUGGCAUAGGAAGGGGGGGUGCAGUGGUUAUGGACCGCCCCAGGGUCAUUACUGGGGUGGUGGUGACAAAAUGGCAAAAAUAUGUUUUGGGGUUUUUUUAAUAAAAGAUUUGGGCUCACGACACUUUUUUGAAAAAAUAACUCCAGCACCCCCCUUCCUACGCCACUGGAAGCUAGGUGAGGCGGAGGGCACUGGGCACCACACGCAGCGUGCCUGAGCCACGUGUCUCUCCUGAGGGGGAGGCGGUGGGCGGACUGCCUGCAAGCUCCGCGCUGCUUUUUUGAGCAGCAUGGGGCUUGCGUCGGCCCACUGCCUCAGCGUGCCCUGCCUUGGCUCACCCCGCCCCCAUGGGCAGCUUGCCCCGCCCCUGGCAGCAGGAUGCAUGCGCUGCCCCAGGCACCCGAGCGGCUAGCUACGCUGCUGAAUACAGUGGUACCUUGGGUUACAGACGCUUCAGGUUACAGAAGCUUCAGGUUACAGACUCUACUAACCCAGAAAUAGUACCUCGGGUUAAGAACUUUGCUUCAGGAUGAGAACAGAAAUCGUGCUCCGGCGGUGCGGUGGCAGCAGGAGGCCCCAUUAGCUAAAGUGGUGCUUCAGGUUAAGAACAGUUUCAGGUUAAGAGCGGACCUCCGGAACGAAUUAAGUACUUAACCCGAGGUACCACUGUACAUUAGUAAAAAAACUGAAGGGGGCAAGAAUCUCCCUGUAUCUCUGUUCUUUGUAAAAGGAAAAGUUUUACCUUGGAUCUAAAACGGAAUAACAGAUACGUACUUAGUUCGUUUCGUGUCUGCAUAGAAACACACUUGAGCUGUUCAUUUUUAAGCUGCUUUAAGUAUUAUAUAAAUAAAUAUGCAAAUGAAGGGCCAGUUUCUGUGUAAUGCUGAGUCAUGUUUCUUUUGUGAUGUAUUACAAAAAACCAUCUGCACAGGCUGCUUGGAAGGAUCUGUAUUUCGUUGGGAGUAGGUGGGGAUUUUUUAAUAGGGCUGAGCUAAAAAGUAAACUUUUUUUAGUUCAGAAGAAGGGGGGAUGGGCUUUUGUGGGAGACUGCAAGAUUUUACAAAAGGCCAUCCCUCUGCUCACCUUUUUGUUUAUGAUCUUAGCAAUGGAAUUGACCUUGCUGCACACUGCUGCUUGACUAGUCUGAUGGGUUUAAUUCUUCCAUAUCCAUUUCCAUUUAGAAAUAAAUAUAUUAUAGAUCACAUUCCCACUUCUGUAUAUACAAUUAUAUGAUGAGUAAUUUAAAUUAAGAAAAGUAGAUAUAUUUUCAUAAUUGGACCUUUUAUAUCCUUAGAGGUUAAUAGUAGUUGCUCCUCGAAUAGGAGUGCGUUUCUAUAGACGAGCAUUAACAAUAUUUCUUCCUUGAAAGUGUUGAAGUUACAGAGGUCUAAUGCUUUCCGUUUUCAUAAUUACUUCUUUAACAAAUUCAUGUCAGUCUUAUGAAAAUUCAUAGUGUAGAGUUCAUGGAUAAGCUGCAAUGAUAUAUCUCAAUAAUGUUCAUCCGAAAACCAUCAAGAUAAUAAUUCCCACUCGCAGAAUAAAGAGCUCAUAACCCAGCUCCUCUCAGCAGCCAGAAGCAUCCUAGCUAGACAAUGGAGAGACUUGUCAGGAGUAAACAUGGACCACUGGUAUCAAAUUGUGUGUGAAACAACCUUACUGGAAAAGCUAACCAAUAGACUGAAGCUGGAAUGGGAACAAAUAGAAGAGGACACCUUCACUCCAAUAUGGCUCCCCUUUUAUCACAUACACAGCCCAACAAGACAACAAGAAUCCACCCACAGCAUACAAAUCAAUAUGGCUAACUUGACUCCCUCCCCAAUCUCACUGCAGCCAACUAAAGACAACCAACCAUGCCCUAGACCCCCAACCUCUCUCACUACCAAGGAAAUAUAACAAGCGAAUAGAAAGAGAACCUACCCAAGUGAUGCUGACACAAAACCCCACACAUACACUAAAAGAACAUGAGUUUUACCACUCUACCCCCUACCCCCCUCUUUUCUUCCCCAACCUUAUAGAUAGUACAGUGGUACCUUGGGUUACAUACGCUUCAGGUUACAGACUCCACUAACCCAGAAAUAGUACCUUGGGUUAAGAACUUUGCUUCAGGAUGAGAACAGAAAUCGUGCAGCGGUGGCACAGCAGCAGCGGGAGGCCCCAUUAGCUAAAGUGGUGCUUCAGGUUAAGAACAGUUUCAGGUUAAGAACGGACCUCCAGAACGAAUUAAGUUCUUAACCCGAGGUACCACUGUAUGUCUCACAACAAAUGUAAUUGCUCUGUAGAAAACACAAUCUGAAAAAAGAGGCAAUGCAUAAAUGGGAAUGUGAUCUAUAAUAUAUAUUCAGUGGUACUUCAGGUUAAGUACUUAAUUCGUUCUGGAGGUCCGUUCUUAACCUGAAGCACCACUUUAGCUAAUGGGGCCUCCCGCUGCUGCUGCGGCACGAUUUCUGUUCUCAUCCUGAAGCAAAGUUCUUAACCCGAGGUAAUAUUUCUGGGUUAGCAGAGUCUGUAACCUGAAGCGUAUGUAACCCAAGGUACCACUGUAUAUAAAACUAUGUGCUAGUUUAAAACUAAAAGACAUUCCCAGUUACAAUCUUUUACCUACUUACCUGGGAGUAUGCCCCAUUGAGCUCAGUGGGGCUUAGUUAUGAGUAGACAUGUACUGUAAAAGUUAAAGUACAAUGACAAAUGUGUGUCCCUAUACAGGAUAUUAUUUAGCUUGCCCUUAUAAUAUUUAUUAGAGUGCAAACUGUGAAAAGAAACACCCUAUUCUUACUGUUCACCCUAGAGAGCAUUUAUUUGAACCGCUUGGUGAUAGCUGUGGAUUUUGCUGCAUAUUAAUAAAUAAAGUGGCAGAAAACCUGGGCAAUUUUUCUUUGCUGGAUAAAUUUUAUUACUUUUUCAAGGCAAUUGUAACCUGAGGUGGUGGUUCCGUGGUCGAUCUGUUAGCAAACCCUAAGCCCUGUUUUCUGCCGGAGCAUUUUCCCCUUCCAUGGUUUCCCCUGGCCUGGGAAUCAACAACACCAGCUCUAGGGUUGGUAUAAUUCAGGGUCAUUGGAGGAACAUGUCUGGGCAACGAGGUGGCAGAUCCAUAGCCUUCCUCUGACACGCCUCCAGCAUGCUGAAUCCCAGUGGGUGGGUGACCAGUCUGCACAUGCUUUUAACACAAGAUAUGAUUGUUCAGAAUCCCCUGCCAUGUGUUUUGCAAGCCAUUUUUAAAAUUCGUUUGUAGCUGUCUUUCUGUCAAGAAAAAUGCUGUCAACAAAAGUUCACUCUCUGAUGGUUUGAGAUUUGAGCUGCAAUCCAAUACCCCAGCCGGGCAGCAGUGGGACCACCGUGGCCUCAUCCAGAGUCCUGUUGCUCAUGCUGGCUAGAGCACAAGGCGGAAAGCAGGGAAAUUGCUGUGCCAGCCUUGAGUUAGUCUGCUAAUUGGGCCUGAUCUUGUUGCAUGAGAGCAGUGGGGCUGUCCUGGCAUCCAGUGGAUUCUGGGCUGGCUCAGCCCCUCCUGACCCCAGAAUGCCCUGUUUGAAAGCUUACUGUGGGCUGCCACCAACAGGGACCCUCGCCAGCAGCAUUUUAUACAUAGGUAGUAUGGGGGGUGCGAAUAUUAGGUCAGAAUACAUAGUCUUUCUGAAGGCUGCCAGAUAUGGAUACCAUAUUCAUGAUUGCCACCUGUUGUGAGACUCAUGGUUCUUUUCUGUAAACUCAAUCCUGCAAGUAGAUUAAGUAUUUGGAUAUAAACAUGUCCCGUGUAUUUUUCUGUACCUGGGAUAAUAACUUCAGAGCAAAUCAGUCUGUAAUUCUGACAGUAAUUCUGAGGAUAAUAGGGAAGCAUCCCAAAGGAGAAGAACACACCACAGGAAUUCCCGAUAUAAUUUUUAAGGAACCUUAAUUACUGUCUGUUGUUAUCUUGACAGAUGAUCUCUUCGUAGUAAUAAAAAUACUUCUGAGUUGUAGGGAAAACCGCUUCUUCCAUUGAACCUGACGUUUUUCUACAGAAAUAUUAGUUUUGGCAAUGCCUCUGCACUAUUUCAUACUUUAUUCGGGGCUCUCUGCUUUGGGACAUAGACCUGAACUAAAACUAAAAAUAGGGUGGUCAAAAGGGUGGUUUAUAAUAAUAAAAGAACCUUCCAAACAUCCAAAAUCUUAUUAAUCUACAAAACAAUAGUUGGGCCUCAAUUUUUGUUCAUUUGGAGUUUGGCCCAAUUAUGAAGUUGAAAAUUAAUUAGAUAUUUCACAAGUGAACCCAGAGCAAAACCCAGAGAUUUGUAUAGCUAUAUAAAGCCAAUUUUGUGGUAGACACAAUAACCUUUUCCUGCACAGUGAUGACACCAACCCGUCUCUGAGAAAACAAAUGCUUCCUUAUGCUGCUGUAUGCAACCCAGUCGGAUGGGUAUGGUACAAAUAAAUAAUAAUAAUAAUAAUUAGUAGUAAGUGAGAUAAGUUUGAGAGAAUAGGGAAACAUUGCAGGUCUGAUAGAACGGCUCUUACAAAUUUAUUUUCUGCUGCUGUUUACAGACGAAUAAGGAAUAAAUAUACUAUACUUAAGAGUCUCAUCAUCCCAUUUGAUCCUGGCAGAUAAUGUGGUUCCACUAAAGCAGGUCACUGCACAUUCUCACUCGCAGUUACUUUGGGACAAUGCAAACUUACUGUUGCAUGAAAAAGUGCAUUGCUGAAUAUGGCAUCUAGAAGAUGAUAUAUGUCAUUGUGGCAACUUUUAUUAUGCCUACUUUAGUACACAGCUUUAUUUGUUUGUUUUAAAGGCACUUACGUGGAACCGUAAGGCGUUGCCUUGAUGGUCUUAGUUCACACAUUUCAGCAGUUUGUGAGAGAAUAUCUAGGGCAGGACUUUCGUGUUAUUUUUCUAGGUGUAGACAAGGUUGAACCUAUCACCCUGAAUGUGCCAGUACUGCUGUUAUUCAUGUGCCCCCCUCUUCUUAUCUGCCUUUUGCAGAAGAGUUUUGCGAAGAAUUAGGGUGAUAUCCAGUUCAGUCACACUCAGAGCAGACCAACUGAAAUUAAUGGACUUCAGCCAGUUAUGCCCGUUGCUUUCAAUGGGUCUACUCCUGAGUAUGCUUUUUGUCUUGUGUCUUUUACACUUUAAGCCUGUGGACAUGAAUUGUCUUGCUUUUAAUCUGUGUACAGCAUUUAGUAAUUGUUAGUGCUGGAUAAAAUCCUAAUGUCUAAUAAUUUAGAUUAGAAUUAGGGAUAGAGGAAUCUGCAAAUUUCGAUCUAUCUCUCGAACUUCUCAUUUGUCUAAUCUUGAGUUCGGUUCCUACAUCAGUUUGCACUUUGAAAAAAGUCCUCAUGAAAAUUAGUCAGCAGUUUCAUAUUCUUCUUCCCGUAAUGUACAAGUUUUUGUUUGAAAUUCUGCUUAAGAUACACAUUUUUGCAUGCAUUUCCCCCCAACCUGAACUUUUGUAUAUUAUUUUCAUUAAUACAUGCAUUGGUUUUCCUGUGCUAUAUGCAUUCUGGUUGGAAAACCAUAUGGCAACAUUUGUAGAAGUGUUUUGAGACUUUUGAGACAGCUACAUUUUGGUUUUUGUAUUCUUACAAGCGUUGAAACAAUUUUCUUCCCAUUCCUACUUGAAAUCAGUACAGUGAUUAAAAAUAUUUACAAGUUUAAGAAGGGUGUAAUGUGAGACAUAGUUGCCAAAUAUUUGUUUCAUCAUAAACUGAGGGGGUGUGUGUGAGUUUUUAAAUUUGCAACCUCAAGAUUACUCUUUUGUCUUCAACCUUUGUGGGACUACAUGAUAACAUGACUCACCUUCUUUGGCCUUCCACACAGCCACAAAACUUACACACCUCAGUUUUUAUUUCUCAUUUGGUCACAUAAAAACCAUCAGCACUAUGUUGCAAUUCCAAACAAGCCAUUGGUAUGCUUGGUUGCAGAGGGAUGAUAUUUCUGUAGUCAGAGCUCAGUAGACAAAUUACUUAAUGAAUGACGGGAGAACUGGAACAGCUACUAAACCACCUGUACACAUUCUUUCUAGGAGAAGAGAAAUCUUUCUCAUUCUAUCAGCAAAAAACAUGGAAUGAUAUGCACAUUCCAUGACAUUACUGGCAUGUCUACAAAGACAGGUCAUUUCCUUUCUGCAGUGUUUGUUUAUAGACUCAUAAUGACUAUCCCAGUUAUCUAUCAAAUGAAAUGCAUGUCACAACAUAUCUUGCGUUACCUUGAGAUAAUCAGUAUCUCCAGCUGUGUCAGGAGUUUGAUGGCAUGCUUACAAUAUGCAAGUGUGAAGUGCUUUGCUACCAAAAAUUACAGGUAUGCGCUUUCAGAAAUUACAUGUUUUUAAUACUUACUUUAAUGCUUGUAUGUUAUUGUAUUGCAGUUUGCAUUUCAUAGAAUUCAAAUUGUAAUGCAAUAUAAAUCAUGAAAUAAGCAACUGAAAUGCGGUUAAAAAUAAAUCCACAAGAGACGCCAUGAACAGUGUUUGAAAUUCCCCAGGCACAUUUUGCUACUAGCGCGGGUCCAAUUGUGACCACAUUGAGAUUUCUUGGUGCCAAGGUUGGCAACCACAGUUUAAAAAACUUUGCCUUUAGUCCAUAAUGAAUACCAUUUCCACUGUGUGUGUUUCUCCUUCUUGCAUACUGGGACAAAUGAAUUGUUGUAAGAGCAAGUUGCAGACAAGCAAUGUAGCCUAAGUCAGCCCUGUACAGGACCCAGUUUGGCCCACAAGACAGUUUUCUGCAAACCAUGCCCACUUGCCCACCUGUCCUCACAUGUGACUUAAGGAAUUUAUGAGGGUGGAACAUGAAUAUAACAGGAAAUGGGAUCAAUAGGUAGAUGUUAUACUCUACUGGCUUGUUUGACAUUAGAAAUAUACAGAGAAGAGACAAUGAGAUCGCUUAUAUCAGCCUGAAAGGAGAGAAGAAGGAGUGAUACAGCAAAAAGUUUGAAGUAACUCAUAGGCACCUUCAUCAUGUAAGAGAGAUGCAGGCUAGGGUUUUGCCUUCUGGAAUAUAGCUAUUUUGUAUGCAGUCAAGACUUCCAUUGUCCUCACUCAUAGUUUUUGUUAUCAGUUCAGUUCAUUACAACUGCAUCAUCAAUAAACUCUUUCUUAGUUUUCCACAAUUGCUUCCCACCCUCCGUGUUUUGUAGCCAUUGGAUGGGAUCAACUAGUCAAUAUUGGGAGUUCUCCUGGUUCCUUCUAGAAGUGAUGAUCAGAUUGGUAGAGGCCUGGGUGGAGCUUGCUUUUGUCUCAGAUCAAGAAGGGUCAGAGGGCAGAUGCCUAAAGAGAGGGUGAGUGUUGGUUUGUGGGUGGGGAGGAGGGCCAGUCUAACUCUGGGGUAGUAGAUCAGGGGUCAACUAAAUCAGGGUUAGCCCUCCAGGUGUUGUUUGACCACAGAUCUCAUAAUCCCUGACCAUUGACUACGCUGGAUAGGGCUGAUGGAGUUGAUCCAAAUAACCGUUCCACGUCACUGAUACUUCUCCAGGUAUUAUUACUACUCUCAGUGUUUUCACCUGAUGGAGAUAUGGCAGUUGUUUACUAGUGCAAGGUGUUUUUUGGUAGUGGCAUCCAGUUAUUCAUUGCCCUCUGAAGAAAACUGCCUGCUGACUGCUCAGAUGUUCUUUCGGUGCCAGGCAAGCACGUUUUUAUUUCCCCAGGCAUUUCAACUCUUCCUGAACCCUUACGAAACCUGCUUUUGCUUGUAUGCUUCCCCAGUCUUUGAUCUGGAGCUUAAUUUUAAGCAUGUAUCACAUUGUAUUAUAUUAUUCAUUUUACUGUUUUCAUCCUCUAAGCCUUCCUGAGAACAACUAUAACAGUUAUAGGGUGGCACGUAAAUAAAUCUCUCUUCUCUUUUCUUCUCCUUUUCAUAAUCCAAAUUUCAUAUUCACUUUUCUUUUUGCAGUAUAGUCAGACCUUACGUUGCAUCUACAGAACUACAGAACUAGCUCCCACAGUCUGUAUUAUAUCUACAAAUCAUCACUACUGUACUGAUGAUUCAGAAAGUGUACAGAAAUCUACAGGGCAGUUGUGGGAGUUAUUCAUGUCAUGUCAACUGCUUUCAGCUUCAAGCAGUUAUUUUAAGACGGGUGCCCUUUGUAUGUACAAAGUGCCACAUUAUAAUUUUAUUAACCUAGCAACAGAAGUUAAUAUCAAUCCACAACCCACUGGCAAUCUCUCUUGCAUUGUUAUGCACCAGAGUUAAUUGAAACAAAAGCACCUAACUGUGCCUUUUCAUAUUUUUGUACAGUUUUUAAGAGGACUCUAAAAAUCACUUCCCGUUUUUAUUCUGCCGCUCGCUACCAAAUUGCCAGCCACCAUUUUCCAGUACAUGAAAUGCAUUACUGUUGGGUGUAAACUUUCAGCCAAACCCCUCUUGGGCGAUUUACAGUGUGGCAUUUGUUCUAGAAACCAAGAACCCAGCAGCACCCAAUUAUGAAAAUCAAACAGGGAUAAGAUAGGGCAAAGACAGAUGUAAUAUUAAGGAGAGAGAGGGAGAGCUCACAGCAGUUUCUUCAGCGUAACCACCUUCUGCUCCAUUUCACAAUUAAAAUGGGAGGCAUACCUAUCAGUGAACCUAGUGCUGUUAUAGCUAUCAGCCAUGCCCUUCUCCCAUGCUUCAAGUGGGUUACUGCUUUUUUGUAUUUUUUUUUUAAGCACCGCAAGUACUUUUAUUUAUUCAUUUGUAGAUUUCUUUUUUUAGGGAAAUGGGAAACCUUUUUUUUAAAAAAAUGCAAAACUAUUCUGGGGAUUUAUGAUGAGUUAUUUUGGUGAAAUCAUGGCUGCUAGCCAAUUAGCUCCAUCCACAGCCAGCUCCUGCUGCAAACUUGAAGAACCAUUUAAAAUUUACUUUAUUUGAGGAAAGGUUUAUUUUUUAAUUGAGCACAAUGAGUUCAUUUCCAAAUUGGCUCUACUGCUCUCAAAAUGUUGUGACUGUUUGUGCAUGAAUAGGUGGCAAAACGAAGGUUUUGUCAAUGUAUUGGAGAUUGUUUGAAUCUAUUAUACUUGGGCUCAGUAGCGUAAAUUACCUGACUAAUCCAGAUGGUCUUGCCUAGGGCUGCAGAAUAGUUUAGUUCAGGUAUCUGAGUCCCCAUUUUUAUUUAACUAAAUAAUGGUGGCUUCCAGCAUGGGGAUGUUCCUCUUUGGCUCUGCAUCCAGUGUGUUUCCACUACUGCUUUGGGAAGCGGUGUACACACAACAUUAGUCACAAUCCAUACCUAUUCUGUUUCUAUGCUGUAGUUUGAUAGGAAAUACUGUGUUUUGAUGCAAACACCCCCCCAAACCAGUUUCAAACCGAACAGAGAAAAAUAAAAAUCUAGCUGUGUUUUAAGCAGGUAAUGUGUAGACAGUCUUGGAAAAUAGCCAUGUAUUAAGCAGGGUUGUUCUCUUGAAUUUGGUCAUGGUUAUUCCGUCAUGCCCAGAAAAUGCUGUAAUCCUAACACGUGGUUGAUCCCAUGCCCAUGAUUCAGUUUAUUUGGGUUUGCUUCUUUCAUAAGGUAGGGCAGAAUGAAAGGAUAAGCACUGUUUUGCCAACAAGUGGAGCUCCAGAAGACAUGGAAAGUCCUCCCAUUUCUCAACCUUUUACCAAACUUUGCCCCUAAAAUUUCCUCAGCGGUUAUGUAGCACAUGCUUGUUUUUAUUUGUUUAUUUUAAAUCAGAACACCAGGUGCCACUUGAAUUACAAGCUUAUGAAUGUAUAGAGCUCAUGCAACCUUUAUCAAACCUUCUAUGACAUAUCUUUGUAUGGUCUUUCAGUUAACUGCAGUCAGCUGAGAAAGAGAGAGAUGACUGUGAGCAGACCAUUACAAUCGCAUCAUCAAUUUAUCACAUGGAACAGUGUUGCCGAAGUGACCUACUUUUUCCUGUUUUGCGUUCAGAAGGCUAAUCCUGUUUACCAUUGCUGGGAGGAGGGAACGGGCACACACCAAAGAGUUCUUUUGAGUUGUGCAGAUGGCAGUCUUCACCGAUGAAUGUUCGUUUAAAUUUGUUCUCUCUUUUUUCCCUAUACCGUAUGUAAAGUUUAGCGCAGAGGGUUAUCUUGGACGGCUGAAGCAACCCAUUUGUACAGGGCUUGUUUGCAACAGAAGUAUCCGUUCAUAGAUGUAGCACUAUAACUUUAUUUGAGAGAGAGUUCCCAAAACUAUUGGGCAGGAAGGUGUAAGUAAGCAGACAAUCAGACUUCUUGUUCUUGUUCUUGUUCUUCUUCUUCUUCUCCUUCUUCUUCUAACUCAGGGCUUAAUUUUGCAUCACUGAUAAGGGAUAGGCAGCAGCUUGAUUUGCUACUGAAAAAUAUUCAGGGAGAGUACAGUGGUCAUUUAAUAGCUCAAAACAAUAGCAGUUAUGGUGGAUGUAUUUAUCGUGUUUUAAAUAUUCUAUUGGGAGCCGCCCAGAGUGGCUGGAGAAACCCAGCCAGAUGGGUGGCGUAUUAAUAAUAAUAAUAAUAAUAAUAAUAAUAAUUCUAGGCUGGUAUGAAACACUGUUUCUGGCUUGUCUUAGGGCUUAUCCACACUUCCACUGCUUCCCCCACUCUGCUUUUUAGUGCUCAAUUGGAGCAAACUACAAUUCUGGUUUCCCCCCAGAUUGCCAUUUAUUCUGAUUUAACGCUAAAGAGCAGCUUUUCCCGGGGAAAUGAGCGGACCAAAGGGGAAACUUCUUAGAGCAUUGCCUAGGUAGUGCAGGUAAAUCAGAAAACUGCUCAAUCACGUUUGUGGUUUCUGGACACAGGGCAAGCGGAAGUGUCGACAAGUCAUUAGUUGUACUUCGGAGAGAUUUGAACAGUUUUUCUUUAAUUAGAUAAGCUUGUUUCAAGCACACCGGAGUCUUUCACUGCCAGUUUUGGGAAGCCAAGGCUCCCCAGCAUCUCACCUUAAGUUAACCAGGAGCUUGUUCUUCCCUGGUGCCCAGGUGGCCUCACUGCUGCUGUGUUGCAAGCAGCUUUUGUGUUGGGACCCUUGAGAACAAGCCAGCUGUUGGGAAUGCUUCAAGAUGCCUAUGUGGAGUCCCUCUUCACCCUGUUCGCUUGCAGAGGAUUGCAGUCCAAAUGUUGGCCAAAACAAGCAGAGAGAAUGAUGAAUCAUAGAGCCACUGGCUUAAAAUACAUAUAGGUGUCGUGAUGAAUUAAGUGAAGCAACAAUGAUUCUGUUUGAAACCUAACCUUUCUAGAAAUCUAGUGGAAACAUGUGCUAAAGCUACCCUGAAUUCUUUCAACAGGAAAAGCUGCUUAGACAAUCUAAUGGAUGAGGAUGAAAAAGACAGGGCAAAGAGGUGAGUACCCUCUCCCCUCUUCAUCUCCUUUUCCUUCAAUACUGGGAAUUGUCAGCUUCAUGAGAGCCUAUUUUUAAUGCAUAACAAAGCUAUUUUACUCUCUCUGUCUCUCUUUCUCGUUUGACCAAGCUAAGGAGAAAAUAAAACCUGGCGCAACAUGAAAAACAGCUGAAUCUCAAAACAUGUGAUUCUUCUUGCCAUGCUUUAAAAGCAAAGGGCCAUGGGAAGCCCUUCCCAUGUCAAAUGCUGCACUUGGUUCCCUUAAGAGAGACUAGAAUCUGAAGUGAAACAGAGACACCCGCGGGCAAUGUUCGUGCUUCACAUGAAACACAUCUUUCUAGUACUUUAAAAGCACCUACAAGAACCAACAAAGGAAAAUGUUAAAAGGCAGGUUAUCUGUGUCUUAAUUACCUGAAAAACAGUACAGGGUAAAUGGGAUGCAGGUGCUUAUUUUAAAACAGAUUCAACUAUCUUCCCUGCAGUAGACUACGUCAGGCACUGCAGAACUGAGAAAGCAAUCCUGGCUGUGAACAGCGGACAGGAACAGAGCUGUGGACCCACCACUGUAUCUUAAAUCCCCACUGCUUGUGCCUGGCCAGGAUGGAAGCUGGCUGGGUGGCCCUUAUUUUCCACUUUUUUUGCUGCCCGACUCCUCAGGAUUCUCUCCAGCAGAUCCUUUGCUGGCCCUGCUCUGUGCCUGCCACUGUGAUGCCCCAUUUCAGGGCCUUGUGGUGGCUAUUGUGGCAGGAACACCACCAGCAGUAGCCUUUGCUCUGUGGCACUCUUGGCAGGUGCGGGGGGGGGGGGACACAUUCCCGGUGGCAGAGCCUGGCGAAGGAAGGAGCACCUCCGCCUCUUCCUAACCCCCUUCAACAGUACAGGUAUAAGGGGUUAGGAGUGUUCUGCAGUACCAGUCCAAAUAACUUCCAGUGGCCAUGACUAAUCUGAAUAAAAAAUAAACACACGUAAAGGGAUGUCACACCACACAUAAUAGUCUCUAUUUAGAUCUCUGUGUCUCCCUUACAGAUCAAUGCUAUUUUGUCCAGGGUCUUCUUUCUGUUCUUUUUGGCCACCAGAGCAAAAACAGGCAGCUUUGUGAGUCGCUGAAGCGUUUACAUUUCUAAGAAGCCAGAUGUCAGGGACUGGGCAGAGGCGGAGUGGUGGAGACCGUCUCCCCAGCUUGACCCUUCCAGGGAGGAGGAAGAGGGAGACAGUUUAGAUUUGCAACAGGGGUUUGAGGGAGGUCCCAGCUCAGAGGCAGAUGAGGGGAAAAGCUGGAAAAUAAUGGGAGAGAGGGAGAAGGAGGAGGAGGAGGAGGAAGCACCAGGGCGGCGACAGCUGACAGACAGUGCCUUUAGAAAGCAUUCCAGACCCCCACUCUCUCAGAACCCGGUGAGCCUUGAAAGUAGGAGAGCAAAGAGCUCAAAGACAGAGGACACUUAUUAGCAACCAUAGAAGAGACAAUGCGAUUGACAAAUGAGGAAGUGGGAGAGACGGGGGGGGGGGAGUAGAGAUUUACUCGGGACAAUGCCGUUAUCCAAGGGGCUGGGUUCUAUAGCCCCUCUCUGUAACUACUGAAUAAAAAGCGGAUGGUAAGAAACAUUUCCUUGUCUUUGUACAUUCCUGGGCAACUGGCCAGGAGUUGCUGGCAGCAGUCUUGACACCAUAGGGCCUUAUCUGCUGCAAUGAGACAUCUUUCCUGUAUGGGCAGUAGGGUGAGAAAUCACCUCCUGGGUCCAGUGUAUAUAGUAAAUAGUGCAAGAUGUCUUAGGAUUGUUCUGUAAAAAAAGGAGCGGUAAAAAACCAAACAUCAUCAUACAGCACCGUCAUACUUAAUAUUUGUAUAGCACUUUCGGGGGGGGGGGUCAAUACACUGCACAUGCGUUAUAUAAGUGCAGUCCUUUCAACCCUCCUGUUAUGUAAGUCCGCAUUAUUGCCUCCUAUAUUGCAGAUGUGACUGAAUCCUACCUGCAAAAUAGUGAAAGUCUGGAUGUGCCCUUAGUCUUUCCUCCACUCUUUCCAAUAGGUAGAGACAAAACUUUGUAGGAGGGCAUCUAAUAUUUUAAUGAGGAUUGAAUUCUAAGCCCUAGGUGGGAGACAGGAGAAGGCUGGGGCUGCUCUAGCAUAAAGGUUUUCAGAAAGUUGCUUACAGCAACAAUAUACAACAGGCAAAUGUAAUAAACAAGUAUUGUUUAAGAGGUGAUUCAUCUCUUAUGGGGAGAAAACUUAGGUGAGCUCUUCUGUAUUGAAGGAAGAUGCAUUAGAAUGCUAUACUAGGUAAAAUAACUAUGUUCUGGUCAGGGACAGACCAGAGGGGGGAAAUUGAAAGCUAGGGACACAGAAAAUGCUCUCUGUAUUAGGGGGACAUUACAUAUUUUAUAUUGUGCCUGAAAUUGGCACAAGUAUCCGGUAUUACAUGCUGGUACAACAACAACACUGAUAAAUCCACACAAAGGAGAUUGCUAUCAUCUCAUUUGGGGUGCCCGAGGAAGUGUAAAAGAUUGUUGAAAUGAAAGGCUAUAAUAACUGUCAGAUCUGACUGGCAUCUGGAGUUUCACAGCAGCUGUUUGCUAGUAGUUUUCUCUCUCUUCCUGGAUACUUUCUCAUUUUUGUGAAAACAGGAGAUUAAUUGGCUUAUACAGAGCCUUAGAUUGCAUCUGGUUUAGUUUUCACCAUGAUGCUUUUCUUUAAUGAAAGAAUUUCUAGUCUGGCCACUAUUUGAUUUAGCAUCAUCUCUUUUUUAGUUUCUUUGUUCCCUGCAGCUUUCCUCUACUAAUAUAGGUCAUGCUAUUCUGCUGCUUAGAUCAACUGUCUUUUUUUCUAAUCUAUGUGUUUUCAAGACACAGAAGCCCACUAUUCCAUAUGAAAAAAGAGUGUGCUAGAUAAUGUGCCGAAUAUGGGGUGAAUAAGUGCAUUCCCUUAGAGUCGACAAGCAAGAUUGGGCAUAAAUGAUACAACUAGAUACAGGAACUUGAAUUCAGCUUUCUUUAUUCAUGCUUAUUAUUAACGCACGGGCCUGAGCCUUUUCCUUUGUCUUGUAGUAAUCAAAUAAACAAGAAACACCCAUUUGCCAUUCUUUCUUACUGGAAAUACUUCUUGUGCAGGACAGCACACCCUAUCUUGUUGAAUCCUGACAAGACAGAAGUACUAUUUGGGGGGGACAGUUGGCGGGCGGGUGAAGUACAGACCUCACCUAACACUCCCAAGUUUAAAAAGUGGUAUGAGGUUUGGUCGUGUUAGCCCAUGGGUAGGCAAACUAAGGCCCAGGGGCUGGAUCCUGCCCAAUCGCCUUCUAAAUCCAGCCUGUGGACGGUCCAGGAAUCAGCGUGUUUUUACAUGAUUAGAAUGUGUCCUUUUAUUUAAAAUGCAUCUCUGGGUUAUUUGUGGGGCAUAGGAAUUCAUUCCCCCCCCCAAAUAGUCCACCCCCCCCACAAGGUCUGAGGGACAGUGGACCGGCCCCCUGCUGAAAAAGUUUGCUGACCCCUGUGUUAGCCGCUGAAUGUGGUGGUCGAGCAACUUUGGCAAUAAUAUUAUUCAGUGUCAAUCUAGUGUAGCGUCUAAAUUUGUAGAGCAAUCCAAACUAUAGGAAGCCAGUGUAAUUUAUGCUGGGGUAAAUUAUGCCAGUCCAGUGUAAUUCAUUCUUUCCAAGCUCUGGCAGACAGAAAACAGGUCUUUAAAAUAGAGUUUGACUUGUGCUACUCUUUUUGCCAGUGGGUUGCUAUGUCAUGUAACAUUUGGAACAGGAAUGGUCUCCUCCUGCCACCCCUCUUUUUCGGAACUUGCUUCAAGCUGAGCUGGCUGAGGAUGGAGAACCUAGACCAGUGUACCUGUGGUUGAGAUGGGGUAAGGAACGUAGGCUCAGCCAGAGAUCCACUUAUUCCAAACCUCCCUCAUCCUUGUGGUUCUUGGGUUUGGGCUGCUCCCCAAGUGUAUCUUUUCCUUGUAGUACAUCUCCUUUUGUGAUCUCUGAGAAAAUACAGCAUAGCUUUAGAAAAUCUUAUUUGUUGUAAAAAUGAAUAUAAAAUUACAUGAAGAAGAACUUUUGUUUUAUGUCAGCUUUCUUUGCUUUUCUUAGUGAUGAACCAUAAUGAGAAAUAAUUUUGAAUAACCACGCUCUGUGUGUGUGUGUGUGUGUGUCUAUUAACAGUUUUCUCCUGUUUGUAGGGCUUCACGUAACAAGUCUGAGAAGAAGAGGCGUGACCAGUUCAAUAUCCUUAUCAAGGAGCUCAGCUCAAUGCUUCCAGGAAACACCCGCAAAAUGGACAAAACUACAGUACUUGAAAAAGUCAUUGGCUUUCUUCAGAAACACAAUGGUAGGUAACAGAGCCAUGCCCACUUAUUCAUCCAAUUACUGUCCUGGGUAAUGGUGAGGCUUCUUCAAACAGUCAAAAUUUCAUGGUCGAAGUUUUCCAAGAUAGAUGACUGUCCGUUUCCGAAAUUAUAUAGUUCCUCCAACAGGUCUUUCCACAGACUUACAACCAUCUAGAACUAUUAACAGAAGUCGUGUUCUUUUUUUUUUUUGCCUAAGAAAGUUCCAGUUUGCCCCUCCCCACCCCCAUGUUGGAUAACAUAUUGGUAGAUAUAUAACAGAAAUGUUUUCAUUUGUUUAGAAUUCUCGACACAAACAGAGAUUUGUAACACUCAGCAGGAAUGGAAGCCUUCCUUUCUCAGCAACGAAGAAUUCACCCAGCUGAUGUUAGAGGUGAAAAACUCAAUUUUUGCAAAGUUGUGAACGUGUGUGUUCUUCCAGUGUAAACUGUGGCUACAGCCCUGCAAGCCAUAUAAUUUCCACAUGUAGUUCUAUAGGUCGAUAGAGCUCAGCAAGAGAGGAGAGGGAAUCAAAACCACAGCUUGUGCUUACUUAUGCCCAUGCCCAUUGCUUGAUUGCCUUCCUGGCUUUCAUAUUAGGCAAGCAAACGCAAGCUGGCUUUUGCAAAAUUAUUGUUUUUUAAUAGUUAAAAUUUCAUUUUAAUGUUGUGUGCAUACAACUCUGAACCAACCUGGGAUCUUCUGGUGAAGGAUGGAUAAUGAUAAUAAUAGGCAACCCCACUAACUGGAAAGCAAGUGUAGGGAAAAAUUCAAAAGGAGCUCACCUGGUGAAGUGUUGCAGUGUCGCUGCUGCUUAAUAAGAAGGAGAGGUUGAGGUACAAGGUUGUAGAGAGGUCAGUGCACCAAAGGAAGCAGUAGACACUACUCUGACCUCCCUGCCUUUCCUUCCCAGUAAGCAGCAGUGACCUCACUACCUCAUCUGAUGUAAUUUAAUGUUGAAAAUAAAAAUUCAAAGCUUGGAAUGCUAUACCGCAUGCUUAUUGGCAUGUACUUUAUAUUUUCAUACGAGGAAGAGGAGCAUUUUCAAUGUAGCACGCACGCAACAAUUUUGUGUUCCAAAAUGCCUUACACAUUAGACUAGUCUUAUAAUCGACAUUCCGUUAAUAAAUUGAGGUGGUGGGUUCUGUUACAGAUUCACAUAGAUCCCACAUUUUCAACGGGUCCAGUCUAAGCAUGGCUAUCUGGACACAACCCAGUAGCGUUUUAAUAUCAAAAUGUCUGAAGGCCUAUUGUUAGAUACAGAGUAGAUGUUCAGAGAAUGUCUUUUCCAAGCCUGAGAUGCCUCAGGGAAAAUCCUGCAAUACUGUUUAUUUGCUUGCUUGUUUAAUUUCUAUACUCCCUUUAUCCGAGAAUCACAGGGCAGUUUACAAUAUAACAACACAAAAAUAACAAAUAAAAGCAAUAUCUCCCCAUAGGCCAUAGAUGGAUCAAUUAGCCAAAGGCCUGGUUGAAGAGGAAUGUUUUUGCCUGGUGCCUAAAGAUAUGUAACAAAGAUAUGAGCCUCCCUGGGCAUUCCACAAGCGGGGAGCUACCGCAGAAGAGGCCCGUUCUCGUGUUGCUGCCCUCCAGACCUCUUUCGGAGGAAGCACAUGAAGAAGGGCCUCAGCUGACGAUCAUAGGGUCUAGGUCAGUUCAUAUGGGGAGAGGCGGUUCUUGAGAUACUGCAGUCCUGAGCCAGUCUUUGUUGUGUGGUCUACAUAUGAAAUACAAGUGAAAUUAUAAAACUGAAUGUUCCAUCCUGGGGUAUGAGUGUAUUGAUAGCAGUGAACUGAAUUGCCUUGAAUUCUCUUACGAUGAUAUUAUUAGUUGCUAACGUUUUUUGGAAUUGCUCUUCUGUGUUUAAGCAAUUUUUCUCCAUCACUAUGUUUGUUUGGCAAAAAAAGGCUUCACCUGCUGAAUUUCUGCUUGGCUCACAGCUUGGCUCACAGCUGUAACCAGCUUGCUUUCGUACAAAUGAGGCAGUUUCAGCAGAGUUUUUGCAGAAAAGUGGGCCAUCCUUCUGUUGCACGAACUGUUUGCAAACAAAGAAGUAAAAAUAGUGUCAUGUUUGGAUACACUGAUCAGAUUCUUCCAUAAAAUCCUAAUGAGAACCCAUCUGCAAAAUGUACAAUGUAUUAAAGAUAAAUAAACUAUUUACUCAAACAAAUCUCCACUGUAACGAGCUCAAAACAGCUAUCUCUGGGGGAUUCUUUCUUCUCAAGAUUUAAGUAUUUCAAGAGUAGAAAAAUGUGUUCUAGCCAAAUGUGGACCAUGAGCUUAAUUAAUGUAGCUGUCAAAGGCAUCUCACCUUCAGUUCUGGGAGAAGUGAGCAUUUACGGCUGCAAAGAAAAACUUGGGGAAAAGUGAUACAAAAGAAGAAAGGUGUUGACUGUCCUGCUGGGUGGUUGAGGAAGGAGCCCUAAGUUGUUACAUAGAUUUUUUUGGUUAUAGUCAAUUAGGGAAUGAGUAAAUGAUGUAAUGAGACACUCUUUAGCUGUAAUGAGGAGCUCUACAAAUGCAGUCAGUAAGUGUCCAGAGGCUGUAUCAAAUUAAUUUCUUGGGCCACUUUUGUGCAUCCCACAGAUUCUGACUGGAAUUGUUUCUUUAUAUAUAUUUUUUAAAAGUUAAGGGUAUAGUUGUGGUAGUGGCAGAAGCAGUUUAAAAAUGCAAAAAAAAAUUGGGAACACAGAGGUAAGGAAAAAAGAGGAGGGGAGAAUGAUAAAGCUACCAGUGAUAAAAUUUCAAUUGGUUCUUAGUAUGAAUAGCACCCUUUCCCUUAACUUUUCUUCAACAUAUUUCCUUUCUUUUCUUGAGAGUCAAGUGUGUAGCUGUGCGACCAGACAGACCAGCUCCAUUUGCAACAGCUUCAAGUGCUGAAGGGCAAUUAAACCCAGGCUCUUAGGAGACAAAACAAAUCCUGUCUGAUCUCCAAGAGCUUCCUUGGAGCUACAAAGUUGAAAUAAGGAAAUAUUCUGUGUAAAAGGAUUCAGCUGAAAGGUUUGAACCCCCAGUUUUCACCUAACAAUGCUCCCACCCAUUCUAUUUCUUUCUUCUUCUUUCUACCAGGCAUUAGAUGGAUUUGUAAUAGCUGUUACAACAGAUGGAAGCAUUGUGUAUGUUUCUGACAGCAUCACACCUCUUCUUGGACAUUUACCCGUGAGUAGCUCUUGUGGUUCCAUAUUGAGGAUCUCUGAAUGAGAGUUCCUCACACGCAACAAAGGGAUCUGGCUGUGAGUACAGCUAAUGUAAAAUCCUGGAACAUAACAUUUGAGAAUUAAGAAUGCAGACUUAUUAUACAUACCAACUCAGAAAGGAGCUCUCCUGAGUUCCAUGGGAUUUUCAGGCCCAAAUGUACUGCAUGGUUUUUGUAGAUUUGCAUUUAUUUAUUUUUUUAAUUGUGAAGUGAUGGCAAAGAAUAGGGAUACCAUAUUUUGGUCAUUUCUGUAAUGGACACUUUUGUUACUUACAGUCUGACGUGAUGGAUCAGAACCUGUUGAAUUUCCUCCCAGAGCAAGAACAUUCAGACAUUUAUAAAAUAUUAUCAUCUCACAUGCUACUGAUGGAUACUGUCUCAUCAGAGUACUUAAAAUGUGAGUAUUACUUCUACUGCGUUCAUGGGACAAAAAUUAACAGGGCAGUAUUAGCAUCCAGGGACAUGGGUGGCGCUGUGGGUUAAACCACAGAGCCUAGGACUUGCCGAUCAGAAGGUCGGCGGUUCAAAUCCCCGCGACGGAGUGAGCUCCCGUUGCUCGGUCCCUGCUCCUGCCAACCUAGCAGUUCGAAAGCACGUCAAAGUGCAAGUAGAUAAAUAGAUACCGCUCCGGUGGGAAGGUAAACGGCAUUUCCGUGCGCUGCUCUGGUUCGCCAGAAGCGGCUUAGUCAUGCUGGCCACAUGACCCAGAAGCUGUACGCCGGCUCCCUCGGCCAAUAAAGUGAGUUGAGUGCUGCAACCCCAGAGUCGGUCACGACUGGACCUAAUGGUCAGGGGUCCCUUUACCUUUAAUAGUAUCCAACUAAUAGGUUUGGUCAGUGCAAGGAUUUAUGCUAGUGCAACAGAACUUUCCUCACCUCCUCCCUCCCCUGUGUGUGCCCCUCACCCUGCUCAGAUCUGCUGUGGAUUGUUGCAGGAAUCCCUAGAACAGAUUUAGGGGGUGCACAAGGAGAGGAGAGGAGGGGAAGUUCUGUUGCACAAGCAUAAAUCCUUGCCCUGACAUAUUAGUUGGAUCCCACCCAUCGGCUCUGAGAUUUAUUUAUCUCUUAAGGGUCUGUACAGUACACUUGAAAGAAUGCUUUGCUUGCAAUGACAUUACAUAUGUUUUUGGGAAAGAAUAGUUCAUGUAUUAUAUUUUUUGUUUUGAAGCUAAGGGAACCGGUCCAUAGAGAAUUCUUCUUCUAUGCAAUAUAAAAUCUAGAAUAAUUGUGCUUAUUGUACUCAAAAAUGGGACUGUUCGCAGCUAUGUUAAUAAUACAUUGUUGAAUCUUAAGGAAAAUUGUUAUUUUAGUUGGAUAUACAUUUAAGGAGACUUUAAUCAGAUCCUGUUGUAGUCACCUGUUCAUAAAUUAUUAUUUUUAUUAUUAUACAUGAGAACUUGUGGAAUUUUUUGCAUAUUGGUUUUAAAAUCACAGUGCUUUGAACUAUUAAAAGGGCAGGCAUGGGAGAAGGAUCAGGGAUUACUAGUUAAUAAGAUAGAUUCAUUUUAAUCAAUUCUAUCUAUGGUUAACCUGUUUUAAAGACUAGCAAAAUUAUAAUGGUAUAAGCUUCCAUAGUCUACAACCUACAUCAUCAGAUGCAUGGUGCCACAAGAUACUCUUCUUAUUUUGCUGCAGUGUAAGAAACUGUUUUAAUUAAAAAAGAAUUUUUUUCCAGAAUAAAUAAAUAAAGAAUAAUUUUGUUAUGCAGGAAAAGGAAAAGACAAUUAAAAUUGCAAUGUGAAGUUGAUUUUUUGCAUUGGAUUGUUUGCAAUCGCAUAUACGUAUAUUAAGCUUGCGUGAUUUAUUUCAUGGAAUGGUACUGAAAAAUGGGAUUAAGAGUCAAACUCAAUCCCUGGCUUGAAGUAUGCAUGAGAAAUACCUAUUUAUAGUUCUGAGCAGCCUAGGUUUAUGCAAAGAUUCAUCUAGCAGACUGUGGGCCUUUGUGACUACAGACAGCAUUGUUGAAUUCAUUGCGGUUCUUCCAUUUGUCUCAUUAUGUGAAUCUCAUUGCGUUUAGUUUACAAAUAAUAUUUAUCUUGUCUUUUUUGACACGUGUUUUUUAAAAAUUCCAGCUGACGAAGAUUUGGAAUUUUGCUGUCAUCUUCUGAGGGGAAGUCUGAACCCAAAGGAAUAUCCAACAUACGAAUAUAUAAAAUUUGUAGGGAACUUUCUGUCUUACAGUCAUGGUAAGUCUCAGCUAUUCUGUAACUAUAACCAGUGACUAAAUAAAUGUAUAUAGUGGGUUGAGCGUUCUCUCUGUGUGUGCAUGCGCAUUUCCAACAUUAACAGAGCAAUUUCAGACAGAAUGACAAUAACCAGUUGCUUAGACCACAAUACCAAGCAUUGAACUAGGUGGGAUUUACUUAUGAGUAAAUAUGGUUAUGACUAGACUGCAAAGCUGCAGUUCUAAGCAAACCCAGAGCACUUGAUCCAUUUUCUUGUGUAAUGAAUGUGACUGUUUUACGCUUACUUGUGGAAGGUCCAUCCAUGCACCAUCCUUCAAAGAUCCACCUCUGUUGCAAGUACAUAACAUUUCCGUGAAAUAUAGUCGUAACAUUUUCAUUCUAGUAAAAUGAAGUAGUCCUUCCGCAUAGCACAUUAAUUGCUAGUGUGUUGUGUGUAGUAAUAUGCGCAGAUGUCAGAGGCAUUUCUUAUUUCCUGUGUUAUAACUAGUGGUGAGCAACACAAUUCCCCCAACCUAGGCCUGGGCCAUUUUGGUGGUUGUUGUUUAAUUUUAAAAUUCUCUUGGUGCUGCAUGUUCACAUGUAGCCGCUGUGCAGGAGCACUUAUCCAGUGAUUUCUUUUCUUGCAGCAAAGCUGAUCAUCCACUGCAGACAUAGCCAACAUGCUGUCCUCCAGAUGUUGCGGGACUCCAAGUCCUAUCAGCCCCAGCCAGCAUGGUCUGUGCUCAGGGAUGAUGAGAGAUGAACUCAACAUCUGGAGGACACAAUAUUGGUUACUGCAGAACCACAGCAAUGCUCAGCCAUUUUAUUUAGCUUUAUUUGGGGUUCUUUUUAAUGGUCUGGAAAUUAUUCAUUUCCCUUAUCUUAAGCUGGAGCAUGCAGCUAGCCACAUUUUAAAAAGCCAGCAAUAGCAUAUCUUUCUUCCCCACAGCCAGUCUUUCCUUUCCACACUUGAAUGCGCGCUCCAUUGCACGAGAUAUUUCUCUAAUGUUGCUGAAAAUGAAUGUUAGCACAAAGUCUAAGGUGAGGCUAAGCAUUCUCUAGAAAGGCCCAUUGAGAGAAUUUAAAAUGUUGCUGCAUUCAGCUAGGAAUGGUUUCAGCUCCUCUGUUGAUGGGCAUCAUAGAAACCUAGAACUGCAGUGUUGAAAGUUCUAUACUAUGCAGGAUUCGGUCCCUUGCCUUGGUCAGUUAUAGUUUACGUAGCAAGUAAAAAAUUCCAUCCUAUCAAAGUAUUCUUUACUGCAAGCUAGAUUAACUUUGCAAAAAUUCCUUAUUAACCUGUGCUUUAGGAUAGUUUAUGGUUAUUUCCCUCUCUUUAGCAUAAUGUUUGCGUAGACGUAAGAAGCUGGUGCUAUAAAGGUAGGGGAUUGCAGCCUAGCAGGGCAUGGUACUAUUAGGAUGAGCUGUCCCUGUUGCUCACUUUCAUGCAUUUUCUUCUUCUUCUUCUUGCCUAUUGUCUCUGUACAAUUCUUUACAAUCCAGCUGUAGUAUUGAGCAACUGGUAGCACCUUGUGACCCAGAGGCACCCUUAUUCCCAUGCCAGUUCAGUAGGUAUUGGAUGAGCUUCACAAUGGAGAUGUGUGUUGGCACCAGCAUCUCUCAUUGGCAACACCUAUGGAAAGCUCCUUAUACACAUGCACAGAGAGAGAAGAUAGGGAGAGGGAGUGGGAGACAUCUCUCUGUCUGGAUCCAAAUAAUUCUGUCUUCUUUCUAGUGCUUAGUAGUUUGCACCCACCAAUUACUGAGAUAAUAUUUUAAAAUUAAGGAAGGAAAGUUAUAGGUAUACAUAUAUGGUCUGGGACAUCCCAGUUGCUUCAGAAAAAUAUUGAGGUAGGUAUGCAGACAGCAUUAAAAAGAAAACACAUGCCAAGAAAUUUACAAAUAACCAGAGGCAGCUGUUUUGUAAACCAGAACCAAUUCACAGUGAUCCUUGGCAUACUGAUGCGCUGUGGUUUAUUAAAACGGACUGUUAUAGGGUUAGAGCGGAAGUGGCGUAAAUAUCCCUGCCCCACUUCCUCAACACUGUGUGUUCAUACAGUAGAAUGUUCUUACUGAAUGGAAAACAGCUUUGUAUUUCUAAUACGCACUAAAAGGCUGCUUUGUGGCAAUAUAAUAACGAAAGUAAUAAUUUGUUUAAUUACUUCCAACUAUUUCUUGGAUUUCACUUCAGUUGUUUGCCUGAAUUCAUUCUAGGAGUAAUGUUUAAAAAGUUGAUGAUAUUAGCUCAAAUGGUCAUAUUGUAUUCACACUGUGCUUGUCAGAACUCACAAUUCCACAGUCCACAAGACUGUAUAAACCCUGCAUAACUGGUUGGUGUCAGAUCAUAUAACUAGCAGCAUUUUUUUAAAAAAUUGUGGUGAAGCAUUCUUUUUUCUUAGUUUCAUAUGAAUCUGAAUUUACCAGUAUAAAAGGACCAUCUUAUCAGACGCACACCAAUGCAGAAACCCCUUUUAGCCAUUACAUAAAUGUUUAAAAGCAUCUUUGUGAUGCACAAGUGAAAAUGGGCACAGUGGUGAUGCAACAGCAAAUACACAACUGCAUUUUUUAUGCAGAUGCAUUUCUGCAUGAGAAGCGAUAUCUGUUUGGCUGUGUGUCUCUGUGAAUUGAGCCUUUUUUUAUUCAGUCAUGGCAAAAUGAAUUAAGAUGUGAAAUAAUAGACAGGUACUGUUAUUUGAUGAAAUAGAUGCUGAAUUCAGCGCGGAAACAAAUGGAAUAUAAUUUCGACAUGAAAACAAGUGUUUUAAAAACUAUAUCCUCUAGGGGGUUUUUUAUAUAACCUUUUGGUUUCAGGCUAGCAGCCAGAAUCUCAUGCUGUGCUUUUUCCAGAAUUGCACAACUCAGAGCGUAGGUAGCAGAUUGCAUAUUUCAAUACUCAUGGGCAGGGCAGAAAAUAUAUCUGCACACAACUAGCCUGUAAUAAAGGAGAUAAAUAUCAGCCAGAAUUGGAUAGACCAGGAAAAACAGAAUCAUAUUCCACAGCACUGAAAGUGACAGAUUUCGCUAAUAGGGAAGUGGAAGCUUCUCCGAGAGUGGAAUGAGACGUCAUGGUCACACAUUUCAAAUCUGUGCUGUGCUGAAAACCUGUAAAGCUAGGAGAGAUUUUCCUGGGGGGGGGACUGAGUUUGAGGGGAAUAGUGAUCUUUAUCUCUUCUUGCUACUUCUAUCUAUCCCAACCCCUCCCAUCUAUCUUGAGGGGGUUCAGCAUCUCCUCCCACCUAUUGCUUCUCACUUGACAUCGUUCUCCAGCCCAUCUGCUAUACUGUUGUUCAGCAAUGACCAAUUUUUAAAGACACAAUUUAUUGGCAGGGAGGGGGUACUCAACUAAGGUGCACUCAAGAGUAGACCCAUUGAAAUGAAUGAAUGAAGACUAUACGUUCGGGCCAUUAAUUUCAGAAAGCCUACACUGAGUAAAGCUUAGUGUUGAAUACCCUCCAGUUUACUUUCUGGCUUGACUUUAAGUUGUGACUUCAUUUUUUUUUUUUAAUUCAGCUAAUUCCUUAAAAAAUAAUACAUACAUAUACACAUACAUAACCUUAAAAGCACUGCCCAGACACAUACCUCUCUGAGUGAUACCUAGUAUCGGCGCAUUUCUAUAUGUAUAAAAUAGUGGGAGGCUAAAUACACUAAAAGGCACAACUCUUUGUCUCGCACUUUUCUUAUCCAGUGCCUAUAUCUGCUUGUAAUGGCUUUGAUGGUGCUGUUCCAAGAGGUUACAGAACACCACUAGGAAAACAAGUCUGCUUUGUCGCUACUGUUCGACUGGCAACACCUCAGUUUCUAAAGGCAAGUGUGUAUGUCUUAGAGUCUGUUAAAAGUCUUUGUAGUCGUAUCAGCCCUUUCAGUCCCUUAUCUUUCCACUCAGGAGUGUGUACAAGGCGUUAGGGAUAGGCGGAGCCUCCUCUCUCCCUAUAUGGUGGCUCCUCCCAAAGCCAUGGCUUGCAGAGCAGGGACAUACAUGGUACCUUGGCAUAACGGAAUGGCCAUCGGUAAGGUGUUCAAUAUUUCUGAAGGUAAAUCGGUACAAAAAGCAGCAGGGGAGCACCUUGAGGCUCCGUGAGGCAAUGCAUGCAACUUUUCAAGUCAACUGCCAGCAGGCAUCUUGCAGAUAAUAAUGCAGGCAUCUUGCUGAAGCUAAAAUCAGGUGUUGUUGGGCCGGAGCCCGGAAAGGGAGGAUAUAAAUGUUCUAAGUAAACAAGUUGUCAGAAAUACCUCUCUGAGAUUGCCACCACCACCCCAUCCCUCUGCUGCUGGUAAAUCAGCUGAUAAUCUGAUCCUGGUCAAUUUGAUACUUAUCCAAAACAUCUUCCCAUGUAUGCGGAACUAGGGAUGGAAUGCAGUUGUUGUCUCAUGUCUGCAAAAGCAAUCUGAGGGGCUUUCUUCGCGGAAUAGAAUGGGCCAAUGCACAUGUUACAUUGCUUCAAGAGCAGACCUCCCUGUGGAGAGUGAUCUCUGCCUCAGGAGCAACGUUUAGGAGUGCUUAUCAUAGGAUUUGUCAUCCUUGUGUUCAGUCUCCAAAUAUGCAUGCCAAAAACUGCUGGAUCUAGGGACUCUCAACAAGACUCUGUGUUAAGUAAGUUUUUUUUAAUUUUAGCUGGAGUGGACUCCACUCAACAGAAAGAGGUCAUCUUCAUCAGUAUCCAUCUAGCUGUAAAUUUUCCCAAAACAAUUAAUAGAAUAAUAGAAAUGUAGAGUUGGAAGGGACCCUGAGAAUCAACUAGUCCAACCCCCUGCAACACACAAAUAUACAGCUGUCCCAUAAAGGGAUCAAACCUACAACCUUGGUUAUCAGCACCAUGUUCUUACUAACUGAGCUAUCCAGGCUGAACUAUAUUAGGAAUGAAAACAUUUAAUCUGUUUUGUCAUUAGGUCCAGAAUAAGUAGCCCAGCACCAGUUAAAACUAAUAAACUGAAUGGAGUUGAUAUUUAGCUAUUAGACGGAGAUAUUUAAUUUUUCUUUUCUAUUCCUUUCACAUGUUGUUCACUAACAUUUAAGAAGAAAAAAAAGCAAAUUAAAUGGCAAUAAAGGUACUACAGUCACUCAGAAUUUUAUUCUAAUACAGGAAAUGUGCAUCGUUGAAGAACCUUUAGAGGAAUUCACUUCAAGACACAGUUUGGAAUGGAAAUUUUUGUUUCUGGAUCACAGGUUGGUUAAAAAAAGAAAACGACUAUACUUUAUGUUUUCUUAGACAAUUUACUACUGUUUAUUUAUCAUAUUUAUUUGAAGUUACUUAAUUGUCCAUCAGAGGAUUACAGGGCAGUGUUCAAAAGUGUGAGAAUGAUUCAGACACAAUAUAUUUAUGCAAUGAGUGACCUAUGACAACAUCUGCCUGAUUGCACAUUGUGGCUUCAGAUUUCUCUUCUGCACCAUCCAGCCUUCUGUGUGCCCCCAAAAUGUGUUCCAUAUAGUUGUGUUGGAUCUCUCACAAUAAUAUAUUUAAACUAACAGACUUGACAAGCAACAAAAUCCAGACCAAGCAAAAAAACACCCACCACAUAAAACUGUACUAAAGGGAAAAAAAUCUUCUGUCUUCAUGUUUCCAUUUUUAAUGUGCAGUAGCAUGCAUCUUGCUGUCCAUACAACUGAGGUAAACGUGGUUAGUUUCACCUAUUUUUUCAUGUACCCUUUCCCCCUGUUAUUACUUACAAUUAUGAAGAGUUAUCUUGCUUUAAUGGGUUUUAAGGUAGGAACAAGUGAUGUGGGUGGUGCUGUGGUCUAAACCACUGAGCCUCUUGGGCUUGCCAAUCAAAAGGUCGGUGGUUCGAAUCCCCACGACGGGGUGAGCUCCCGUUGCUCGGUCCCUGCUCCUGCCAACCUAGCAGUUUGAAAGCACGCCAAAAAGUGCAAGUAGAUAAAUAGGUACUGCUCUGGUGGGAAGGAAAACAGUGCUUUCGUGCGCUGCUCUGGUUCGCCAGAAGCGGUUUAGUCAUGCUGGCCACAUGACCCAGAAAAACUGUCCGUGGACAAACGCCGGCUCCCUUGGCCUGUAAAGCGAGAUGAGGGCCGCAACCCCAGAGUCGUCUGCGACUGGACUUAACUGUCAGGGGUCUUUUACCUUUUGCCUUUUUAAGGUAGAAACACUUUAAAAACUCAUUGCAACAUUUUCCCCAAGCCACUGUAGCAGCGCUUUUAUUGCUACAUGGCAUCUCAAUCUAAACCAGUGACUUAAAAAACAACAACAAUCUGGAGGAUGUUUGUUCCUAUCUCUGAGACACAUAUUUGGAGGCCUGUCAACAUACUGUGCACAUUUGAGAAUUAACCAGUCCUGUCACUCUACAGAGUGAACUUGUGUAAACCUUCCUGCUUUAUUUCUACCUUUCGUUCUACCUUUCUGCUUUCCUUCGUUUAUUUUAAGCACUUUAUUUUAAAAAAUGGUGAGUUGUGCACAAGAGGUUUUCCCUCCCUGCUGAGUUCCAGUAAUACGAAGCAGUCCCAAAUAGUCUGUUGCCCUGCUUAUUGUUUUAGUGCCUAGGUGGAGUAACUUCCAGAGUUUUUGGGGUGGGCAGAGAGAAUAAGGGUUGAGCACUACUGAUGAUAUUUUUAAUGGUUUAAUAAAAUCAUUUGCAUUUUACCGUGAAACAGAGCACCACCGAUUAUAGGAUAUUUGCCUUUUGAAGUGCUGGGAACUUCUGGAUAUGAUUACUAUCAUAUAGAUGACCUUCAGCUCUUGGCACGGUGCCACGAACACUGUGAGUAUGACAUUACCUACAGUAAGGGGAAUUCAGUUUGUUUCCGUGUGAUAAGCAAAGAUAGAAAUAAAAAUCUGAAGACAUUGGGUUGCAUCCAACUCAAUUAAACCAUUGGUUUUAGCAAUGCAGCUCCCCCUCCUUCUGCCCACACACAGAGAGAGAGAGCCUGCUGGUGAUACUAGUAAACCUGUUAGUGAAUUAUAUUUAUUUUUGGUUUAGGUUUUACAGUAGAGAUGGGUAAGAUGUGGACUUCCAGAUCUUGGUGGACUACCCAGCAUCCGCCAUAUUUGAUGUUUGACUAGGGCUGAUGCGGGUUGGAAUCCAACAAUAUCUGGAGGGCCCUAAUUUAAUUUAAUACUUAAAUGCCCAUAUUCUAGAGUUCAGAGAGUAUUAUGAGUCCCUAUCAGGGAAAAAGGCAGGAUAUAAAUAAAUACAUAAUACUAAUACAGCAUUAUUAUAAAUAAUAAGUAGUCAUUUGAGGCUAGCCAUUUGUGUAAUGCAAACUGAUUUGUCUACAUUUUAUUCUUCAUGUGGAUUGACUUGCUUAACUCCUCAUUGGAUAUGAACUCUUGGGAGGCGGAGUUGUCAAAAUAGUACAAAUAUCCAAUACUACUCAACAACUGCUAAUUAGGCGAAGCUGAAGCAUUAAAUUAAAACCUCGAACGACUCAACACAAAUCAGAUCUAAUAUUGCUUGCCAUGUCUGUUGUUUGUCCGUAAGUGUCCUGCUACUCACAUGAAUGGCGCUGUUCAAAAUUAAUUUUCAGCCUUCUGGUGCAGAAUACAAAGUUAAGUUCAUCAGUCAGAUCAUGACUGAUUGGAGAUUAAUCUGGCAUAAGACAAGCCAGUAUAUCUUGAAUACAUUUGAUCACAGACAUGGUGCCGAUGAGAGUCCAGCAAAAUUAAUUUAAGCUACGCUGUCUCAUAAAGUUCAAAGUCUUUAAAUAUUAAAUCAUGUUCUUUUGUUAACUUAUUCCAUUAAUAAGACACUUCAGUCCUGUCUGAAUAAACCAUCAGUGGUGUCUGAUGCCCAUUGGGACAUGUAGGGCAAAAGGCAGAGUGGCCAUCAUUGGCAAGAGGGGCCAAAGCCAAUGGCAGAUGGAGCCAACUUAAUCUACAUUUGUCCCCAUCCUCUUCUCUGCUGAGUUCUACAACUGUAACUGAGACUAAGAAGGGUGAAGCUGACAGCCAGGACCAUCCCAUGGACUGGUUAUAAGUAUAAAGAGCAAGCGGGGGACUGGGGGCUGGCUAAGGGCAGAUGAAAAAUUGCCACCAUAAUAGACCAGCCUCCUCCAUCAUGCUGCUGCAACCUUUGUAUCUCUCACUUAGGUUGUGACAUGACAUUAUUAUUACUAUUAGAAUCAUAGAGUUGGAAGAGACCACAAGGGCCAUUGAGUCCAACCCCCUGCCAAGCAGGAAACACCAUCAGAGCACUCCUGACAUAUGGUUGUCAAGCCUCUGCUUAAAGACCUCCAAAGAAGGAGACUCCACCACACUCCUUGGCAGCAAAUUCCACUGUCAAACAGCUCUUACUGUCAGGAAGUUCUUCCUAAUGUUUAGGUGGAAUCUUCUUUCUUGUAGUUUGGAUCCAUUGCUCCAUGUCUGCUUCUCUGGAGCAGCAGAAAACAACCUUUCUCCCUCCUCUAUGUGACAUCCUUUUAUAUAUUUGAACAUGGCUAUCAUAUCACCCCUUAACCUCCUCUUCUCCAGGCUAAACAUGCCCAGCUCCCUUAGCUGUUCCUCAUAAGGCAUCGUUUCCAGGCCUUUGACCAUUUUGGUUGCCCUCCUCUGGACACGUUCCAGUUUGUCAGUGUCCUUCUUGAACUGUGGUGCCCAGAACUGGACACAGUACUCCAGGUGAGGUCUGACCAGAGCAGAAUACAGUGGCACUAUUACUUCCCUUGAUCUAGAUGCUAUACUCCUAUUGAUGCAGCCCAGAAUUGCAUUGGCUUUUUAGCUCCCGCGUCACACUGUUGGCUCAUGUCAAGUUUGUGGUCAACCAAGACUCCUAGAUCCUUUUCACAUGUACUGCUCUCAAGCCAGGUGUCACCCAUCUUGUAUUUGUGCCUCUCAUUUUUUUGCCCAAGUGCAAUACUUUACAUUUCUCCCUGUUAAAAUUCAUCUUGUUUGUUUUGGCCCAGUUCUCUAAUCUGUCAAGGUCGUUUUGAAGUGUGAUCCUGUCCUCUGGGGUGUUAGCCACCCCUCCCAGUUUGGUGUCAUCUGCAAAUUUGAUCAGGAUGCCCUUGAGUCCAUCAUCCAAGUCGUUGAUAAAGAUGUUGAAUAAGACCGGGCCCAAGACAGAACCCUGUGGCACCCCACUAGUCACUCUUCUCCAGGAUGAAGAGGAACCAUUGAUGAGCACCCUUUGGGUUCGGUCAGUCAGCCAGUUACAAAUCCACUGAAUGGUAGCAUAGUCAAGACCGCAUUUUACCAGCUUCUUUACAAGAAUAUCAUGGGGCACCUUGUCAAAUGCCUUGCUGAAAUCAAGGUAGGCUACAUCCACUGCGUUCCCUUCAUCUACCAGGCUUGCAAUUCUGUCAAAAACGAGAUCAGGUUAGUCUGACAUGACUUAUUUUUCAGAAAUCCAUGCUGACUAUUGGUGAUCACAGCAUUCCUUUCUAGGUGCUCACAGACUGUUUGCUUAAUGAUCUGCUCCAGAAUCUUCCCUGGUAUUGAUGUCAGACUGACUGGGCGGUAAUUAUUUGGGUCCUCUCUUUCCCCUUUUUGAAAAUAGGGACAACAUUUGCCCUCCUCCAGUCUGCCGGGACUUCGCCUGUUCUCCAGGAAUUCUCAAAGAUGACUGCCAGUGCUUCUGAGAUCACAUCUGCCAGUUCUUUUAAUACUCUUGGAUGCAGUUCAUCUGGCCCUGGAGACUUGAAUACAUCUAAACUAGCCAAGUAUUCUUGUACUAUCUCCUUAGUUAUUCUGGGCUGUGUUUCCUCUGCUGAAUCAUUUGCUCCAAAUUCUUCAGGUCGGGCAUUGUUUUCUUUAUCGGAGAAGACUGAGGCAAAGAAGGCAUUGAGGAGUUCAGCCCUUUCUGUGUCCCCUGUUUGCAUUUCACCAUCUUAUGUGCCACAUUGAAGAAAAGGGUCUUCAGCUCUGGCACUUUCCAAAUUCAUAUUUGUUCAACAUCCUUGGGUUGACCCAGAUUUGUGUUGUACCUGCCUGAAUGGAUCCAUGUCAGCUGGAGAGUAAACAGUGCUAAACCUACAGGUGUAUUGGGAAGCUGUCGCGUAUAACCCGUUUCUCCUUUUCCCCAUAUUUGAUGGGCUAUCACAUAGGUGAUGGACCCAAUUUGUUUAAUAAUAAUAAUAAUAAUAAAUUUUAUUUAUAUCCCGCCCUCCCCAGCCAAAGCCAGGCUCAGGCGUGACUGUAGAUAGGCCAAAUAAUCAUUCAAUCCAAAUAAUCCAACAUUCUAAGCCAAUUUCAUUAUAAAAUUGAGUAAAAUCAAAUUAAUGGCAACCGUUAAGCACAAGUUCUGUGCAGGUUGCAGUGCGAGUCAGGCUGGGCCUGACCAAGGCCUGGUGGGACAGCUCUGUCUUGCAGGCCCUGCGGUAGAUGUCAGGUCCCGCCAGAGUUAUCUCUUGUGAUGAGCGUUCCACCAGAUUGGAGCCGCGGCAGCCCUGGCUUUUAGUUGAGCCAGCCUAGCCUCGCUGAGGAGCCUGGGACCUUCAGGAUAUUUUGUUGCAGACCGUAGGUUUCCUCUGUGGGGCAUGCCAGGAGAGGCGGUCCCGGCAGGUACUUGGGUCCUAGACGUAUAGAACCCCAAAAGGUUAAGGCCAGCACCUUAAACCUGAUCUGCUACUCCACGGGAGCCAGUGCAGCAUGGUAUAGUUACCGGUUAGAUGUGAUCUGCAGCGAGACCCCAUAAGGAGUCUGCAGCAUGCUAGCCGCUGGAGUUUCUAGGUCAGUCUCAAGGGCAUUGCAGUAGAGCGGUUACAACAGUCCAGUCUGGCGGUGACCGUGGCGUGGAUCACGGGUGGCUGGGUGGAGGCGAGAGAGAGAUAAGAAGGGGCCAACUGUAGCAGCGGAGAUGAAAAAUGCCGCCUUUGUUAUAGCUGCCAGUCUGCGCUACAUGAGGUAUCGAAGAUACACCGCCUUAACGGACGGUGCUGGCACUAACUGCACCCCGCAAAGAGGAUGAGGUGCCCCCAGUCCCAUAUCGUCCCGAUCCAGCCAGAGGACCUCUGUCUUGAAGGGUUUACUUCAGCCGGCUUCCGUCGUAACGAUCCAGCCUGGCUUCCAAGCUAUCUGGUCAGUGUCUGGGGCGGUCAGGCUGGCCAUCCGUCAGCAGAUAGAGUUGGGUGUCAUCGACAUGCCGAUGCCUAGGACCAAACCAACGGCUUCAGAUUUCAAAAGAAGGGUUUCCUCUAAGCAAUAAGAACUUAUUGAUGGCACAUGCUGUUUGACAAUCCAACAAACAUGCAUCAGAGGUUUUUAAGUGGAGGCACUUAUCAGGAAUACUGUAUAGUGGAUCUCCUGAAUCUGCAAAAGUUGGACCUUUGAGAUACCUCUAAACACUGUGAUUCCAUACGUGCUCUGUUUGUCCAUCUUAGCACCUCAUUGCUAAGUAGCAAGCAAAAUAUAACACAUUUUAACUAGUACAUUUUAUAUGUAUUUUGUUUGUUUCUCUCUCAUUGUUACUGUACAAGAAUGGAAUUUCCACUGCAGAAGUACUAAAAUGCCUUAAUUCCUUUAACUCUUUCUUAAGUGAAUUAUCAGUUAUACAGGAUUCCAAAUUCUAUUCUCUUUUUAUUUCUUCAAAUAUCAUUCAGUAUUCUCAGUUAAUAUACCUAUGAAUAAUUUAGGAAUGAAUCCAUUUUAUAGCGUUUGUGGCAAAAUUCUGUUCUCCGAUCAGCAUCUUGGAGGAUUUAAUCACAUACCCUAAAUGGUACUGUCAGGGGUUCAGGGAGAGAGGCACAGGGUAGGCAGGAGAUGGAGAGCGAUGGGGAAGAAUUACAAGCCAGCGAGGAAGAGGAUGACAAUGACUCAAGAGAUUCCAUGAGUCUUUCCAGCGAAUCAGAGGAUUCCCAGAAGGGGCGCCGGUGGUCAAGGCCAGGAGCCCCAGGGGGGACGUGUCAGGAGCAGGGGGCCAGCGGAGGAUCCCAAAGUGGCAGCUGGGCGUCAGGACCAGCCUCCCCACCAGAGUGCAGCGAAGGGGGUGGAGUUUCCAGUGUGUCAGAGGAAGCAGCUCCGGCAGCAGAGAAAGGAGGGAGGUCAGAGCAAGCCGCCCUCCCAGAAGGGGAGGGGAGCAGUGAAGGGAGUAGUGUAACUGUCAAAAGGAAAGUUAGAGGUUUGGCGCGCGCGCCUAGUUCAAAUGUAGAGGCGCGCGGAAGUGCAGGGAGCCCGGAGGAGGGGCCAGGUCCCAAAGCCCGCAGGUGGUUUGAAGUGCAGUCUGAUUCCGCGUCAGAGGAAUCCAGGAGGGGCGAAACCCCAGUGGGCAGAAGGACCCUGCGGAAAAGGAAGGAGAGAAAGAGGUGGAGCAGCGCAAGUCUCUUAAAUUGGUGCAGGGAGGAACUGACUCAGAGGGGACUUCGGCGGUCUAGCGUAAGAGACGUAAGGCUGCGCGCCUAGGAUGUCAAGCAAACCAUGAACUGCAAUAAACACUUUUGUAUAUAAGAAGACAUAGGCGUUGGUCUUUUGUGAGCUAAGACUUGAGGCAGCCUUGACAGGUACACUUUUUGUUUAGCAACUAGUGUAAUUCUAACCAAGAGAAAAUGUGCUCCCACAUGCAUUCUUGCUGCUGUGUCCUGUACCAAAGUGAAGUUUCCGAAGCCCCUCUUAAGAAAGCUGCAUGUAGAUCAGCUAAAAUCAUUUUUUUUUGGAAAGGAUGUUUUUCAGAUCCUGAAAUCUUUGAUGCAGUGUGCAUUUUGUGUGUGUCCACAAACAGUGAUGCAGUUUGGCAAAGGGAAGUCUUGCUGCUACCGGUUUCUGACCAAAGGACAGCAGUGGAUCUGGUUGCAAACACACUAUUAUAUCACCUAUCACCAGUGGAACUCCAAACCAGAAUUCAUCGUAUGCACCCACACGGUAGUAAGGUAUGGAGAAAUUGAGUGACGUUGCUGUUGUGCCGAUCAAUAGAGUCUUCAUUGCAGGACAAGAGCAAACAAAAGCUUGGUUAAGAGACGCACAUAGGACAACCACUGUUCCUUAUUUUCCUGUCACAUUGAAAAGGAACGUCCAAUAUGUUAUGAGCCCGGGGGAAUUUCUUACUGAGCUUAGUGCAAGAAUAAAUUCAUUCUUUCUACCGUGCUAGCUUUAAAUGCCACAUACGAAGACAUUUGUGAGGGGACUGCAUAUAUAACACAACCUUGCUACAGCAAAGGCGGUGUGAAGCUGACCAGUGUGUUGAUUGGCCAACUCUGUAGCAUGCCACCCUCGUCUUUUUCUUAGUCUGCAAAGAUGAACAUUGCCAGUGCCGCCUCGCGAGAUAAUGUCGCACAAAUGUCUUGUUCCACAGAGAAAUCUGCAUACAGUUGCAUUACAAGCAGCCACCACAACAUUUCUUGCAUGUGCUAAUGUAGUCUUUGAGGAAAUUUAUAAUUCAACAGGGCCCUAGUUUGGUUCUGUGGUAGUUAAUCUAACUUUUAAGGGCAGUCUUAGAGAUUUUGAGCAUGCGGGUGCAAUGGAAUAAAACUACUCAUGGGUCACAGGGAGUACAGUGGUACCUUGGUAGUUGAACGACUUGGCUCCGAAACAAAUCUGCUCCCCAAAACAUGGGUGUUCAGUUUGCGAACGUUUUUCGGAAGCCAAACAUCCAACGCGGCUUCCACGGCUUCUGAUUGAGUAUAGGAAGCUCCUGCAGCCAAUCAGAAGCCGCGUUUUGGUUUUCGAACAAUUUCGGGAGUCGAACGGAUUUCCAGAACGUAUUAAAUUCGAGAACCAAGGUACCACUGUAGUUAGACUAAGGCCUUCUUGCUGAGGUACUUGCUUCAUUGAUGAACACUCUUAUUUGGAAAUAAGGCAUAUGCUUUACGAUACAAUCAAUUGUUAUCCAGCCAAAUUGUCCCUUUCAUGCAAGGACUUCUGCUUGAAAAUUGGAUUUUCUCCCCCCCCCCCCCCGUGUACCCUCCAAAUCUAUUCCAAGGAUGGACGCGGGAAAUGGAGACAGAGGGGAAGCUCAGUUGUGCAAGCAGAAGAAUUUGUAUAGACAAGAUGACUUUGUUGGAAAGAGCCCAAUAUUUUGUUACAAACAUUAAUUCUGUAUUGGCAUGCUAAUUGGACUCUAGAGAAAUACUCUGAUUAGAAUCAUAUACCUGCUAAUGUGGGAGGUAGAACAAUUUCAUGCAUAAGCCUUUCUGCAAUUGCUAACCUGUACUUGGGGUGUGGUAGGGACAAGGCUAAUCAUGAGUACAUGUACCAAAAUUGUAUACAAGGUUGCAAAUACGUGUUUACACGUGAACUUUUUCCAAGUAUGUAUGAAGCGCAUCAUGUGUAAAGCCAUGGAACCUAGCCUCAAGUAAUUGUAUAAUUACAGAUAAUGUUUUCUUUUUGUUUUGAAAACCGGGUAAAAGUGGGCAGAAGCUAAACAUAAAAUGUAAUUCAUUACAUUAUUAUACACAUUUGGAUUAUAUGACCUGUGGAUUUUAACUGCACAUAAUUUCUGGAGUUAAUCAUGUAAUAAACUGCCAGUUGCAUUUAAUAGUGCUUUCAGAAUAGUGGAAUGGAAGGUAGAUCUCCACAGAAAAUAAUAAUGUUCAGUUAUGCAGAUGUUCGAGUGGAAAGGCGACGGAAUAUGAUUUUGGAAAAUGCACCUUCAGAGAUAAUCUCUUCAGUACUAAAGGUAUGCUAAAAUGGCUGUUUUAAGAGGUUUUUCUUUGUUUUCUAUUUUAUGCAGCUCAUAUGUCGGUAACCUUGCAUAUCAUUAUUUAACUGGUAUAAGUCUCUAUGUGAACUUAACUUAAUGGAGUAAGACAUGGCUGGGAAUACAUUCCCAUUCUAUUUUCCAGAAUACUGUUGCAGAAAUGAGGGAAUGGUAGCUUGCAAAAUAAGAGAUAUCCAUUAUGACCUUUGGGACAAUCAUGUGCCUCUGAAAGGGAAUAACUUUUUAAAUGUAAAGGGUAAGACACAUAGGGUGACUUUAGCUACUGUGUUCAGAUGGUAAUAAUGUGUAUUAAUUUGACCACUAAUCUUGUCCCAUAUAGAUGGACCUGGGGUUUUCUUUAUGUCUUCCAUUGCUUGUUCCUCACCAUGGUCACUGCCUGCUAGGUUCACUGUCCCGUAGUUUAUAAUCUCAGAUAAGCCUACUUUCCACCUGAUUUAUGUUGAGGGUGUUCUUGAUUGGUUGCGUGUGGUGUUCUUAUGCAAUUUUUUUUCAAUCCCUGUGUCAAUACAAAGUCUACUGCAGUUGUGCAAAUGUAUACCUCUUUCGAUUUUUGAAGGACCAGUCACGGGAGGUGAAAGACAAGCAAACCCCCUGCCCACAUAAUCUCAUGGUUGAGUAUAAAAUUGAAAGAAUAUGUGAAUUUGAAACUAGAGCAUAUAGGAAGAAGCAGGCAAUGAAAGGCAGAUGCAUUAUAAGUCAAGAAUUAAGAAUCAUUUCUUUUGAAGUUCUCUGGGGAUUGGCCUGGGCUCAUUCCUGAGUACAUAGCUUCCUUCCUAUUAAAGCAGAUUAUACAGUAGCUGCAUCUAAGGACUGAGUUCUUGUGAUUUUCACUGCUUAAUAAAGUUAAUAACUGAGUCUUUUAUGAGUAUCUUACAGAAAACUACUUGAAGCUUCUGUUGCUCAGAAACGUGGAUACAAAAGGCCAGGCUAGAUGUGACGUUAAACGCUGUAUUGCAUACUGAAGACUGUAAAAAAUGGGUGCACUUUAACCAUGUGACACAUGGAGUUAAAACUGCAAUUCUAGACACACAUUAUUAUUGUUAUUGUUGUUAUUGUUAUUAUUACUGUUGUUAUUAUUAUUAAUUCAAUUUAUGAAUCACUUCAUGUGAAACAAUCUCAAAUCAAUUAACAAUGAAGACAUAAAAUCCUAAAAGAUACACUAAAAACAGUUUCAAAUCCAGUACUUGGAUAAGCAGCUCCACACAAAAGGCUUCUGGGGAAAGGAAGGUCUUCAGUAGGCUCUGAAAAGACAAUAGACAAGACACGUGGGUGAUAUGUAACAGCAGGGAGUUCCAAAGGCCAGGUGCUGCCACAUUAAAGGCAUGAUUCAGACAUUGUGCGGAACAGACCACCUGCUGAAAUUGCAUCUAUGCAAUGCUGUCCUACACAGGUUGAGGCCAUCUUUUAUGUAUCCUUGUUCCGAGCUGCAUAGGGCAUUGUACACCAGUAACAGCACCUUCAAUUUAGCCUGGUAGCUAGUUGGCAGCCAGUGCAAUUCUUUCAGAAGCAGAGAAACAUGGUGGCAGUAUUCUGUCCCAAUGAACGGUUGAGCUCACUGGGAAUUUCUAGGGAGUUGCUUACUUCUGAGUAAGUGUGUAUAUAGGGUUGUGCUGCGCAUAGCUGAUACCGAAAAAAGACCUCUCCCUCAAUAAACCCAAAUGAUUUAUAACCAAACUCAUUUGUAAGUUCGAAACUUUCAAAAACGUUUAGGAUGUUUGCUUUGUUUUUUAAGGACAGUGGAUCAGAACUGGAUCCUCAACAGCACUUUAAUGCUCUUGAAUUAGGCACGUCAAUCCUCGACACCAGUCGGACUCUUUCUGUAUCCUCUCAGGGCUCACACAAGUCUUUGCCUACAUCCUUGCCUGACACAGCAUGUAAGUUGUUAUUAUUUAUUAAAUUUGUAUACCGCCCUUCAGAUGUGGUCUCUAUGCAGAUGCUACUUUGAAACUGAGAAUUUUAUAUUGUUAUACUGCCAGUAUAAGCCAGAAUGGUAUGGAAAGUGUAACGCAGGCCUGCACACAUGGAGCAUGACCAACAGAAAGGAUAAUUCUAACACAACAGGGCAUUGUCUUAUUUGAAACAUUUACUACCUGCUAGUUAUUGGAGUGCAAUUUCAGAGCGGGUUACAACAUCAACUCCCUUCUGCUCCAGCCAGAGCUGUAGUCCAGAACUAGAGGAUGCAGGUUGACAAAAGCUGGUACAUUUGUUCUAUAGUCAACUUCCUUUAUUGCCAUUCUAGUGAUCCAGUCUUUUUGUAGUCAUUAAUAGAAACUUUUAACAACUCUGUUCUAAAUGGUAAUUUAGUAAAUAAAUGUUAUUUUAUAGCUGCAAGAACAAAGCUCAUCCCAGAGUCUCCCUCCCUGCAAAGAAGUCCCACUAUGCAGGAGGACUUGCAGAGAUCUAGCCAACCUGCCGCUGCUCAGGUAAGGUGGAAAAAAAGAGAGUUCCAGAAACAUUAAAAGAAGUUCCAUGAAAUAGAUUGGGACACAGGUGUGUACCAAACUGACGGAGGACAGGAGCUUUAAAUGGGUUUUAAGUUAGCGAGAGUAAAACCAUUUUUUUGUUUUCACUUAAUUGAAUUGGGAGGCAUAGCAAACUAAAACUUUUCCAUUCAUACUGGCAUGACAUGACCCUCUUGAGCAUGCUCAGGAGUGUCUAGAUGAAUCAAGGGCUUUUCUUUUCUAUGUCUAGGAAGUCCUCUCUGCCACUGGUUCCCCUGAAGUUAGAGACAAUAAAAAAUAAAUGGCAAGACACUUGUAUGGAGGGGAAGGUACACACACACACACACACACACACACACACACACACUCUAAUGCAUUCACACACACAUUGGGGUUAUCAGGAUCAGAGAUAGGUGCUCUAACUCUUCUGCCCAGACUCCUUUUUCUAGCUAUCAAGGAAUAUUGGCUGAAGCCACCUUCUUUCACACUCUUGUAUUAUUUUGACCACAAGUGGUCUGCACUUGUGGUCAAAGAGAUAUUAGUGCUGUAACACCAGUAAUCAGUAUGUGCUUAUCUUGCGAAUGAUGGGAAUUGUUAAGAGAAUAUAUUAAUUAUAUUUAAUCCUCUAGGUACCCCCAUGUGUGGUUAAAAGGAAAAGAAGAAUGGCUGGUGCCUGUUUUUAAAAACAUGGGGCUAGCACAUAGAGAGCCCCAGUAGUAGAGUAUUAAACCCCAUCAUUAUGCAUAUUAAUGAAGCAUAGGAAUAGCUUAUUAAACCUUCUUUAACUCGAUUCAGCUGCAUGAAGCAGCUGAUCCCCAUUUUGCCACUUUUUCAGUGAAACCCUACAGACUGCAAAGUAAGUUAAAAAUGCUUUACUUACAGCUUCUAGGUCUCGGACAUGCAUCGUUCCUUAUGCAAGAGCAGUAGUAUAAUGCAGGUAACAAUAUUCUUAGAAAUACAGCAAAGCAUCCUCGUGGAACAAAAGUUACUGUACUUACUAGAAAAGUAACAUUGCUCUUGGUUGCCUUGUUUCAGCUCUCAUCCCAGUUUAACAUGUUCCAAACUAUCAAAGACCAGCUUGAGCAGAGGACUCGAAUACUGCAAGCCAAUAUUCAGUGGCAGCAGGAAGAGCUGCAGAAAAUCCAGGAACAGCUGUGCAUCGUGCAGGAUUCCAACAUACAGGUUAGCGGGAGAACAUAUUUUUCAGACAAAUUACUCUUGAUUCAGUGAGUAGCAGAAUUCUUGAGCAGAACUAUAUUUCCACGCUCAAAUCAUCUUGAUGCACCAUAGGCCACCACACAGAGGAGGGUUUUCUGCAUCCAGCAGUCCAGCUUACACAGCUGCUUCUUCAAGGGGCAUUUUGCUUACUUCCGAUUUCGGAACCUGGCUCAGGAAAACAACACUUUCUGCCAGCUAUUCUUCCUGCAGUUCCCCACUUCCCUAGUUUACAUAGGAAUACAUAGUGUUGGAAGCCCUCUAUUCCCAAUGACAGAAUAAAAGGAUUGGCGUUGAAAGACUUAAGAGAAAAGUGUAGGUGCGUGGUCUGAGUUUCAAUCUGUGGCAUUUUCACUUAGGAAAUAGCAAAGCUGCCAAAGACUUAUCCCUGAGACCUGAGAGAACUGUUGCCAGUCGGAGCAGGAAAUACUGGGAUAGAUGAACCUAUGAUCUGAUUCCAUAUAAGGCAGCUUCCCAGAUUCAUUUGGUCAGGAGCCCCUUUGGUUACACUCUUGUUUCUGAUACAUAGCAGAGAAUGGACUGACCUAAUGCUUCCAGUUAGUCUAACAACAAUAUUUCAGUAUAUUUAAGGCAGAGAGGACUAAAUAAGUGUCAAAAUAUGCUGAUCCAUACUGCAGGGGGACAGAAACUUCAAGAGUGAAAGAAAUGAAAGGAUUGGAUAGAGCAGGCAUGUCCAACAGGUAGAUCGUGAAGUUGGCCACCCCUGGGAUAGACAUGGUCAUUAUUCCUUAAUAGUACCUUGUAGAGAGAGAAAUAUAGAAUGAAACACAAGAGCUCAAUUUUAACCCGUGCUACAGCACUGUAGCUGUAGCUACAGACGCGGGUGAAUACCACAGAGCCUAGGGCUUGCUGAUCGGAAGCUCAGUGGUUCGAAUCCCCGCGACGGGGUGAGCUCCCAUUGUUCAGUCCCAGCUCCUUCCAAUCUAGCAGUUCGAAAGCACAUCAAAGUGCAAGUAGAUAAAAAGGUACUGCUCCGGCAGGAAGGUAAACGGCGUUUCCGUGUGCUGCUCUGGUUUCACCAGAAGUGGCUUAGUCAUGCUGGCCAGAUGACCCGGAAAAACUGUCUGCGGACAAACGUCGGCUCCCUCGGCCAGUAAAGCGAGAUGAGCACCGCAAUCCCAGACCAGAGUCGUUCGCGACUGGACUUAACUGUCAGGGGUCCUUUACCUUUAUCUUUUUACAGCACUGUUAGGGAUAUCUUCUUCUUCGACGAUCGCUCGUAGCUGGGUAAGAUUGUCUUCCAUAAACAUGGUUUUAACAAUGAGUCCGUUGGUCAUGGGGCUACAUGGAAUGUAUGCAAUUUAUUAAUGCAAUUUGAAGAGACUUGCUGGGACCACAAAAAGAGAAUUAAGGAGCUAUAUUUGGCAUGUAGCAGAAAAGCAGCCCGCCAAUAUUAUUGAAAGGAAAUAAUAUGGGUAGAACCAAGCCUUACAGGGAAAAUGUCACCUUCAGCAGUUUGUUAGAAAUGGUAUCUUUGAAAUAAAUGUCUCAUAGCUAUAAAUUUAGCGUGGCAUCCUUGCAUCCUUAUUUUUACAUUGUAAAAAUAAUUGCUGUUGAUAAGAGCUUCCUGGUUCGAUCAACGCAGAUGGUUAAAAUGUCUGGUUUCCAUAGAACAGCUUUCUUUCGUUGUCUCCCUAAUAUGAUGCUGUCUGUUUCUAGAUGAAAGAGGUGUUGUGAUUUCAUGUCUUUUGCUUCUUUCAUGAGAAUACUAAUGAGACUGCCAAUUAGAAGAGAUUAGUAAUACUCUUCUCAUGUCUUGACACCCUGAAAAAGUAGUCGUGAGAUUCUGCAGUGGUGUUAUCUACUUAGACUUGUUUACGAUGUUGAAGGGGGUGGGGGGAGGAAUCCUUUCUAUUCAGUGGCAUUUUAGUUCUUCUUUAGUGGUCCAGUCAUGACAGGAUGGUAAGAAUCUUGGGCAAAGCCAUUGUGAAUGAAAUACUUUGUGUUGGCACUUUAGUGUUGUCCUUUUCUGAGGAGAAAGGCUUUGACACUAACACUCUUGAGGUGCCUGACUGUCAGUAUUUUGCACGAGAGGUUCCAAGUGCAUUUAGUCUUGCACAAUAGAAGUGGGUUAGUGCAACAAGUGCACUUAAAGAAAACAACGGACUGUUUGCUGUUAGGAGAGUGACAGGGAAAUGCAUUGAAAAGUGUGGAGUGAAUGAAUGAGAAUAAUGGGAAGGUUUAUAAACACCCCACAAGCAAAUCACGAUGAAAGCUCAUUAUCAUAUGAUUGGUUGGAGGCAAUCUGUCACAGUACAGAAAUUAAACAGCAUGACUCCUAUUACAGUGGAACCUUGGUUUUCGAACGUAAUCUGUUCGGGAACACCGUUCAGCUUCCGAAAUGUCCGAAAACUGAAUGCGGCAGCCUCAAUACAACAGGGAAACUCAAAACGGAAGCUGCAUGGCACAUUCAGCUUCCAAAAAUUGUUCGAAAACCAAAGCAGUUACUUCUGGGUUUUCGGAGUUCGAAAGCUGAAACGUUCGAUUUCUGAGAUACUCGAAAACUGAGGUUCCGCUGUAUUUGUUUGUACUAUGUUCGUAGCUCAUGGGAUCAUGUAUAUGUGCUGAGGCAACAAUAUCACACUUAGUUUUAGGAUCUUUGCACACACAUGUUCUCACUCUCUUGUGCUCCAUUUCAAUGGCUUCUCAUCUUCUGUAUUUCUGUUUGUUUUUCAACAUUUUUGUGUUGCUAGAUAGCUAGAAUUCCUUAAGUUGAAGCCUCAUGCUUUAUAUUUUUCUUGUUCUAUUGCCUUCUGGACGGAGGCACAAUCCACCCUGUUUUCAUAGCCAGCAAUAGGAAGUUGUCUUUUCAGAAAAAAAGUAUAGGGAUAUGAUUGUUGGAGGCUGUCUUCUUCUUCUUCUUCUUCUUCUUUGGUGAUCACUUGUAGCCGAGUAAAAUUGUCUUCCAUAAACAACAAGCUACUUAUUGGACAGGAACACAUUUGCUAAAAUUCCAGGGAAGCUUUUUCUAUCUUGGGGUGAGAUGGGGAUAAUGUAAGCAGAAAAGUGUGUGUGCUUAACCUCCUUUCCUGAUAACUACUUUUUCCCCCUGUGGGGUUGCACACACAUUUUUCCAUCUGGAAUCCCAUGGAGAGGGAAGUAGAAGAAAACAAUUUGAAGCAGAAAAACUGGGGACAGGGAAGAGUUUACCACCAGCAGCCAUCACUUCUCUGCUCUUAUUUGCUCCCUCCGAAAGCUCAUUUCCCAUAAACCAAACCUUCGUCGCCAGUGUUAAGUUGUGGGCAAACAUGUCAGACGACACAGUGAUUCUUUAAACAGCUCUUCUUUAUUCAGAUGCCAGAACAGAACUAGGCUGAGGAGCUCAGUCAGCCUGCUUAUAUAGAGCUCCAGAACAAUGCAACUGUUGCCAUUUUCUAAAACUAUCCAAUCACUGAACGUCACUUUUCGAUCCUUCAUUUGCAUAACUAUCUACAGUAUCCCCCUGCUGGCCCAGGGUGAGAACUUCAGUACAUAACACAAGUGUUAGUUGCGAUUUAGUAACAUGUGCUCGCUUGUAACAUCUAGUUUGACCUUCAAAUAUUUGCAAGAAUUAGACAUGUAUGUCAGAGGUUUCUGAGUGAAUAGGAUGACGAAUGUAUUCUGUUCCUGAAUAGUGGAUUUGGUUUUCUAAACAGUGUCAGUCCUUCCACAGCUGGUUUAAGGUGCAUUGCACACGUAAUAUUUGAGCAAUUCUUAUCCAAUGCUUGAUUUGGAAAGAGGUGACAUGCGACAUUCCCUGUAGAAACUUCUCUGACAGCCCCAGAUGUGUGAAAGGUGCUUGUGCUUAUGCAGUUGUGUGGGAAAUGGACUCUCUGUGUACUCACAAGCAACUUCACACAGUCUUCUAGCAUUAAAAGCAUUUUCAGCAACUGAGGCCUGGAUCAAGUUGAGCUCCCUAACGAUACACAUUUAUAAGCGUUAAGAUAUGACAACUUGAAAUUGGAACUGUGAAUGUAUUUCUUCCAUUGAUUUGCUUAACAAGGAAAUCGAAAAAGGAACCACCUUUCUCUUCCAGAUGUUUUUACAGCAACCAACAGCAUCUCUGAAUUUCAGCGGCAUGCCGCAGCCAGAACCUCAGGGGAAGCCAGCGGUUGAGUCUCAGCAGCAAGUUGUGCCGAGGCCUUGUCCCCAAGAGCAGAUUGCGGCUCCUCAAGCAACAGACCAUCAAAUGUUAAGAGAAGAAAAUGUGUUAUCAAACCAGGUAAGCAGACCUGCAAUGGUCUUACAGCCAUCUUUUUGUGGAAAAAAUGUUCUCUUCUUUAAAAAUUACUUUAAGUCUUAGGUUCAUCUUCAAUCCUACCUCUUUUUAUUCUUCAUUUAGUUCUUCCAGCAUUUCUUGUACUGUGGUUCUUGUUUGCCUUUAGGUAUUACGGCAAUAUUGCUUGCCCUUUCGCUCUUUCCAGUAAGCUUUGUGUGAAUCUGUGUGUUUGUUCUAGCUAUCCAUAAUCACCAUUCUUGUAAAAAAAUAAAAAUCUUUAGAAAGGGUAAAUUACCAGACCUACGUUCAAUGAAUAUGAAUUUAUUUCCCUACUUAUUGGUCACUUUACAUAAUUACACCUUUAUGAGAGGAUGGAAUGAACUAAAUUUGGAUCUGGUAAUUUGGCAAAAAAAUAUUCACAACUUAAUUCUAUGUGUUUUUACAAUAUACCCAAAGCUUUUAGUUAUUGUUUCUGUGGGUGCUGUUAUUUUUAACUGUUCUAGGAUCAGAAAUCAGCAAGAGCCUCACAAGGAAUGCAGGAUAGCUGUCAAUCUUCCAGAAGCUUAACCUCACAGUUUAGCAAUGCCUCUGUGCUCCCACAGUCUUUGAGCAGAGCUCCACCUGAUGCCAUUCUACAGGAUAACAGCCACCAGCAGAGCACUCCAGAUUUCAGUAAUGAUCGACAACUGAGGUAAAAUAAUUGUAGUAACCUACUUUAAAAAAAAAAAAGUUGAAGAAUUAAAUACUAUUUUUUACAAUGGCACUAUUUAAAUUUGCGUGUUUAGUUUAUUACUAUAUAACAGGUAAAUACUGUACUUUGAACAUUAAGAAAAUACUCCAUUUUAUCAAGUUACAGCACUAGAUUAUUAGUAAGCUUGAAAGAAAAAUAGAGGAACGUGGUGCUAUUCUUGUUUAUUCAAUUUCAUACCCAUCCUUUACCACAAGGUUCCAGGGUUGGGUUCCAGAAAUGAAAAAUUCAGUAGUAAAAACAGUAUCAGAAUGGGGAUGGAGCAAACAGACUUGUGGGUUACAGGUAGGUAGCCAUGUUGGUCUGCCAUAGUCGAAACAAAACAAAAUAAAUAAAAUUAAAUUAAAAAAUUAAAAAAUUUCCUUCCAGUAGCACCUCAGAGACCAACUAAGUUAGUUAUUGGUAUGAGCUUUCGUCUGCACGCACACUUCUUCAGAUACAGACUUGUGGGUUGUUGUUGUUUUCUCUAAAUGAUGUUAGUACUAUGUAUUUGCCUUAAAAAGAGAAAGAAAAGAUACUUUUUACUUCUUUGCUCUGUUUUGAAAAAGUUUUAAAACUGGUGACUGGAAAGAAAAUACAAGGAACAAUAAGUAGCUUGAAAUAGAAAACAUGUCCCUGUAGGAAACAUAAUGUGAGGGGGGGGAGAGGACCUUACAUCUCCACACAAAGUUAGCUGCCGUUUCAAACUACCUGGAGCAGAAGAAAGCAUGUAAAGCCUACUUUAUGUUCUGGAUUGGCAAACUGAAUGGAAGCACUAAUAGCCAACUUAAAAAUCUAAUAGCCCAAUGCUCACUAGAUUUCAUCAGAAUGCAGGACUGUCAUAGAAGAUGGCUGUUACUUGAGGCAGGAACAUCCACCGCAUCACAGGUUGAGAGCAUGAAAAUGUUACAGUCAAGCACUGUGGCAGAUAAUCUGCCACAGGGAAUUUCAGCGAUCUUUGUUUGCCAACCACAGUAUGCAGAUCCACUCCUAAGAAGAAUGAAACUCCUUGUACAGUCAUACCUCGGGUUAAAUGUGCUUCAGGUUGAGUGUUUUCAGGUUACGCUCUGCGGCAACCCGGAAGUAACGGAGUGCGUUACAUCUGGGUUUCGCCGCUCACGCAUGCGCAGACGGUCAAAAUGCCGUCACGCACAUGUGCAGAAGCGGCGAAUCGCAACCCGCAGACGCAGGUUGCGUUUGUUUCAGGAUGCGAAUGGGGCUCUGGAACGGAUCCCGUUCGCAUCUAGAGGUACCACUGUAUAAGAAUGGCCACAUUUGAUCAUAAAUCCUGAGCUACCCUUUUUUUACUACAACUAAUUACACUCUAUCCCUGAGCCCACUGCAGAUUUAACUCUAUUGGCUUCUGAGCAUGCAACUACCUCACACGGAAAAAAACCUUCCGACCCUUUCAGUAUCUGCAGGUUAGUGUCAUUCUUCACUGACAUUAUUUAAUUUCCUGUUUCCUAGACUGUUACUCAGUCAGCCUAUUCAGCCAAUGAUGCCUGGUUCCUGCCAUGCGAGGCAGACAACAGAUGUUGAUGUGACUGGACACGAAGCUAAGUAUGUAGCAUGUUACUGGGGGCAGGGGUAGGAAGGAAAAGUUUGAAACUAUACUGAGAAAUGCCACUUAGAUGGAGGUGGUAGAACGGCAACUCAUCCAGAGGUAGUACUUGGGUUAAGCAGUCUAUGUCAGAGAUGGAAUUAAGGGUGGCUGCAUAUUUUGAAAAUCCAGAUGUUGUCCUGCCAUAUCUUAUCUGCCCCACUGCCAAGCUCCCGCAAUUGCACGGUUUUUCAGAUCCCAGUUGCCCCAGUACAUUGUUUCUCUCGUGCAUCAUGCAAUGCUAUUUUUCUAGAAAAAGAGGUGCCAGAACUCACCAUGAACAGCACCCUUGUUCUCUUAGAAUGGCAAUGGCGCCUACCAGAGAGGUGCCGGAACUCAGUUCCAGCGAGUUCUGGCUGGAAAAAUGCCCUGCCAUCAUGUACUGGGGUUCUGUCAUAUCAACUGGAGAAUGACAGGGACCAGGUUUGGUGAAAGUGUUGCAAUCAAGGAAAUCUGGAGCCUGCUACUUGGAACAUUAUCUUGCUGAUAUUGUAUCAGAAAUUUCUAAUAUACCUCCUAUGGCUGGUUCUUUGAUUUUAACCCAUAAACUCGCCAUUUCUAAAGAUGUGUCCACAUAUUCUCAGCCCUCUGGGCCGCCCCAAUAAAAAAGGUAAAGGGACCCCUGACCAUUAGGUCCAGUCGUGGCUGACUCUGGGGUUGCGGCGCUCAUCUUGCUUUAUUGGCCGAGGGAGCCGGCGUACAGCUUCCGGGUCAUGUGGCCAGCAUGACUAAGCCGCUUCUGGCGAACCAGAGCAGCGCACAGAAACACUGUUUACCUUCCCGCCGGAGUGGUGCCUAUUUAUCUACUUGCACUUUGACAUGCUUUCGAACUGCUAGGUGAGCAGGAGCAGGGACUGAGCAACGGGAGCUCACCCCGUCGCAGGGAUUCGAACCGCUGACCUUCUGAUCGGCGAGUCCUAGGCUCUGUGGUUUAACCCACAGCGCCACCCGAGUCCCAUGGCUACCCCAGUAGCAGCAACUAAAACAAAAAUGCUUAGUUGCCUCACCCCCUGAUCAGCUUUUUCCUUUUCCCCCACUGUCCCACCCCAGGUCAGUCUUCUCCACUUCCAGGAUGCCACUAGGUAUGCACAAUAUAUAUGCCCAGGAGUUAUGUGUAGUAAUGAAUGUGCCUGGCUUUUUCAAUGCAUCUCCCAACAAUCGGCAUAUCUGCAUAGUCCCUGAGUCAGCAGCAGCACCUGCUAUUUCUCCCAACCGUUGUCCAUAAUACAUUGCAGUAUGACAUCAGUGUUUUAGUCGCAAAUUCUUGGCUGCAAAACUUAGGACUGUUUCUUUGAAUAGAUACUUUCAAAGCCUACAAGCGUUCCAAAGUUUGGAAGAGCAAACCUCUGGAAGCAGUACAGCUAUUGUGCUGAUGGGACAAGCAGUGUUGCCCCCUGGGUUCUCUGCAGCACAGCCAUCUCAGCCUUCAGCUUUGCAACCUAUGCAUCAGCACCAGCACCAGCAGCAAGGCUACCUUCAGGUGGGCUGCAACAGAACUGACAGUACCUAAAUGGGUAAGCCGCCCUGAAAGUAUUUUUUUCAGCUGAAGGGGCGGCAUACAGGGUUUUUUGUUUUUAUUUUAUUUUUAAUUAAAUUGUGUAGUUAUUCAUAAAGUAAUAAAGACCCUCACCUUAUUUUAAGAAUGGCAGAAGAAAUAUGACAUGGUUGUUUAUAAACCCUUUUUUAUUAGGAAUGCUAAAAAAAUAAUAAUACAAGAACUCACAAUGAAAAUGCAGGAAGUAUAUAAACAACUAAAAUAUUUCUUCAGUUGUUAUCUAUAUCAGCUGUCCAACUGAUUUAUCAAUGUUCUCAAGCCACAGCUAGCACUUCUAGACGUACAUUUUUGGGGGUGUAUUGCAGUUCUAAUAUCAUUUGAUCGGAGUCCACAGUGUCAACCAUUUUGUUUUCUUUAUUUCUUUAAAUACCCUUUGUAAAUUAGUCCAUAGUUGUCUGUGUUGCAGUCUAAUGUUAAAUCUCAUAUUCCCAAAUAAAGUAACCAUAGGCAGGAAUAGGAAUACAGGAAGCUAGCUGCCUUUGGUUGGACUAUUGGUCCAUCUAGCUCAGUAUAUUCUGCGACUCUCCAAGAUUUCAGAUGGCAGGGAUCAUCUGCACACAAAGCAGGUGCUAGACCACUGAACUUUGACAAAUGGAGUCUCAUAACCAAUAAUCACUAUACAAAACUCUUAGUGACUCCCAACUCAGGCCCAGAAUACACUGGAGUGUCUUGGCAUAUUACCAAGGAUGUCUUAAAAUCCUACUUGAAUAUUCUAUCUGUUCUGUUUACAUAAUUCUAUGUGCCUUUUAUAAUUCUAUAUAAUUAUAUAUAAAAGUCUAUAUAAUUCUAUGUGCCUUUUAAAUAUGAUGGAGGAACUCAGACUCCCAGUCAAUAAUAGCCUCUGCUCUGGAUACAAUUCCGAGUUGACUGUGCUCCUGAUUUGGAAUAUCACUGAGGAAGUUAGGUUUCAGGAGAUUGUGGCUUCUGUGUAUUGGAAACAUCUGCUCACAUUUUAUGCACGUCAAUAUGUGAUCUGGAGCAGACACAUUUGAUUCUGCUGGAAACUUUGCAUUGGGACACAAGGUUCUAAAUCUAACUUCAGCACAAUGUGAGUGUCUGGUGUAUUUCCUUUUGUUUUAUGGAUCCUGCUAAUUUCCUUGUUCCUUUUGUUUUUUCCUUUUGCAACACAAAAGCUCCCUGAAUAAUUAUUGUAUUGUCAUUGACUGCUUUUGGCUUUAUAGCCAGUAACUUCCCUUUUGAAAAACAAACAGCCAUCAUUCCUCCCACUAAAAUGGUAAACAUGAAGUGUGGCAAUAAGGUAAAAUGUGUCCCAUAGGGGGAAAAGACGGGGUAUAAAUGAAUAAAUAAAUAAUUGCACAAGCCCAAAUAUACCAACUAUAGGAAUACAAAACAUACCCACAACAGAAGGUUGUUGACAGUAAGAGGCCAUUAGCCAAAGGCAGUUUAUAUAACAAAUUUGAAUACUACAGUCCUAAUUUUUUUACUAUGAAUUAAGUUAAGCCCCAUUGAACUUAGUGGAACAUAUUUCUGAAUAAACAUACCUAGGAUAGUGCUGCAAGUAUUUUCAUAUGUGCCCAUGACAAACAUGAUAGUAAUGAAACCAUUGAAAGAGAAAGUGGAAUUAAUGAGCAUUGCCAAUGGAGGACAGAAAAGGAAGCUCAAUUAUUGGACGAAAUGAGUAGGGAAAAUCCACUUGCAUUUUGUGAUUGACUAAAUUUCUGACAACUAGGGCUUAUCAAAAAGUUCUCGUUCAAAUAAAUCAAGGGCCACCAACCUUUUCAUACCAGUGGUUGUUGUUGUUUAGUCGUGUCCGACUCUUCGUGACCCCAUGGACCAGAGCACGCCAGGCACUCCUGUCUUCCACUGCCUCCCUGGCACACAAUGACUGCUAUGGGAGUGCAGUAUAACACAACAUGGCAGCCAUGAGGCAUGGCAUGGUGCAAAACUAGAGAGAGUACAGUCAUUGCUGUUUCCCAUCCUCCCUCCACAGACUACCUCUUAUUUGCUACAGGAAUUUUUAUUUGCCAUGUUCUCCUGGUCCUGAUUGCAGAGAUGACACAAUACUGAUGUUCCACAAACAUAAGAGUGCUGUUGCUCAUGACAACAGGGAACAUUCUGCAGUACCAGGGGGGAAAAUACACAAAGGGGCCAUCACAUUCACUCUUUCACACACACACACACACACACACACACACACACACACACCACUUGACCAUUGCCAUUUCCCAAGAAUUCUUUUUUUCCUAACAAUAUAAAAUCCAAAAAAUAUACAAGGGCCGCCAACCUUGCAAUCCUUGGCAUAAAUGGCGCAAAGCUUCAUUCAUUGACUUAGCUAAGCACAUUUUAAGUGUUCUGCAAACUAUUGAUCCUAGUCCAACAGCAACACUUCCAUAGCAAAGUUUUUCCACAUAAGCAGAGGGCACUUCUCAUUAGUGGCGCCCACCCUGUGGAAUGCCCUCCCAUCGGAUGUUAAGGAGAUAAGUAAUCAUGAAACAUUUAGGAAACAUCUGAAGGCAGCCCUAUAUAGGGAAGAUUUUUAAUGUAUAAUGUUUUACUGUGUUUUUAUAUAUCCUGCCCAGAGUGGCAGAUGGGUGGGGUACAAAUAAAUUAUUAUUGUUGUUAUUAUUAUUAAUUAACAGAACUACUGUUUUUGAUCUGCUAAACCAUUAUUUGACGGCAUCCACUUUUGUUUCGCAUAUAGGUAGAGUCUGCAGGCCCUUUGCACAGUGAGCAGGCAGAUUCUUUGCUCUUGCCUUCCUACCCUCGACAGGAAGAAAGCGUAGAGUACCAUCAUAUGCAGUCACAGCAACAGCAGCAAGAACCUGCUCCCAGGAGGACUGUCGGUUUGCCUGAAUCCUCAAACAUGCAACAACAUCUGCAGUAGAAUCUGCUGUAACAAUCAGUACACAUUUAGCUUUAUUGAAUGGUGGGUGACUGGGCAGGAGGGAAGUCCAGCAUUUGCAUAUGUGCUCAUUUCAGAGUUUUGUGAUGUAAAGAGAUUACCAAGCACAGACCUUGGUGGAUAGUGCAAUAGGAAAGGAACGGGAAUUAUUUUGCAGAUGUUUGCACUAUUUUGUGACUACAUUAUGUAUAUUAAUACUAAUACAUACCAUCAUGUGCAAACUGGUAUGUGUUGGUAGACGAUUCUUCUGACUAUUUUGACCAGAAAGUAUUCUGGCUAUUCCAAAAAAAAAAAGUGGAUACGAGUUACUUGGCCUUCACUAUUUUGAUCUUUUGAAUAUGAAAAGCACUGGUUCAGAGAAAAUCUAUUGAGAGAAUGAGAGAUUAUUUUUAUUAAUAUUAUUAUUAUUUUGCACAACUGCACAAAAGGCAUAACCUAGCACUUUCGGUGAAUAAAAGUUUGUUCUGGUGGCCAGAUAAGCACUUCCAGUGAGAGAACAUGUUGUCCUUUAUUUAAAUAAAAAGCACCCUGCAGUUUAUAGACCUUGGACUCAUAACCUGAAAGUAUUAACUUGUUACCUCUCCCUCUUGCUAUUUCUAAUGUUUCAAAGAAAUUACACUGGACAUUUUCCUAUUUACUUAGUGAACUACAAUUGUAAACAGUGAACCGAAGCACAAUCAUGCAGCUAUUAUUCCAAUGUACUAGUCAUGCUCUUUAAACACUUUGAAGAGAAUCUUUUCUACUAACUGAACAGCCCCCUCACAACUGUUCAUAGAACAAACACCUGAAGAAUAUGCACUGUGUUACAGCCCAUUAAGUGGAAAAAUGCUGCAACUAUAUUACAUAUCUUUCAUUACUUACAUUUAGGUUUGACUUUUCCUCCAAAGCGUUGCACUUUUGUAUGCUUUAUGUUGAUGUUUCUAAAAAAAAGAUUUUAUGUAAUUAUCCAAUAAGUAGCGUAUAAAAAAAGUUGUUGUAAACAAAACAAAACCCCAACCUUGACCUAUUUCUAUAUGAAAUAAAAUUAUAUGGGAUUAUGUGAACAUUA